AUGACGGGCAGCUGCACCCCAGCGGACAUGGUGAGAGCACUGACUGACAGGGUUUCACCCAUAACCAUUCACAUGCAUUUUAUAACCAGGCUUUUUAACCUAAAGUGAUGUAAAUUAACUGAGAAUCUCCUUCUUGGUGUUCAGAUGGGCCCACUAUGACAGUGAUUUGGAACUGUACACCAAACAGCCAUAACAUUAGGAACACCUGGCCAGAGAAAUAUAAUCCAUUAAAAUAGCUUGAGCACACAUUUUACUGCUAAAAAGCUUCAAAAUGUUUGUUGACAUUGAACAUAGGGGUUAUUUAUGUUUUUUAAUUAGUUAUGGUGUCCUUCAUAUUGUGUCCUCUUCAUUGAUAAAACACUAGAAAACCUUUCAAUUAAGUGCACCUCUGCAGGAAAUGUAGAAGCUUCAUAGAAUGUAAGGUAGAGCUGUUGCAUUGGGCUGUAUUGCAUUGUGGAUUAUAUUGUUUCGGCUGGUCGGCUGUGAAUUUCUCUUCCCUCUAACUGAUAUAAUCCUUCUCAAAGAAGCUAAGUUCACCUUUUGUUAGGUUUGCUAGCUAUAUAGAUACUCACGAGGCUUUUUUUUAUUAUUGAUAAUGUAUUUUGUCCUGUAGUUUUAGGCAAUCAUUAGCUUUCAUUGAUUUCUUUGUAGCUUGAAGGUGUAAAGGAAGCCUCUGAAACCUCAUUAUCUGCUCAUCUAUCAGAGAGAGCAUCAAUUCUGUAUUCAUUAGUGUAUUUAAUUCAAGUCAGUAAACUGAAUAGCUUCUAUAUAAAAUAAUGAAACCACUCCUUUUAUCCAAUGGGAACAUGUAGAAUUAACUGACUUUGGAUCAGAUUUGUUUGGUCGUAUUAGCUCUCAGAUUUUCCUGCCAGUCUCUUCUCAAAUUAUCCCGUUUUGUCCUCACUGGAGUUUACUGUUUUCUUUUUCACAACAGCUGCUGAAGUAGCUGUACUUUGAAAGACAGCUAAACUUUAUGACCCUGGGCCCGUGGUCAUCAUCAGGUGACUUUAUCAGCUUACCCCCACCCACUAAAGACACUAUCCUCUUAUGACUUACAGUAUUUACUUGUUUUACACAAGCUUCCUGGUUGUGUUGUCAUCAGAAAGAGUUAUGCCAGCUACUCAUGAGUGAGCUGUUUCUCAAAUUAAAAGGCGUAUAAAGUACGUCCAGUCGGGUUUACCAAGUCUCAGACACAAUAUUCCUCUCUCAGACUGCUAGUCAUCGUUGUUGCUGAAGUGUGGUGGCUCUAAGAAUACCUCCUGGUCUAUGUAUAGAAAGGAUAAAACCACGUAAUGUGCCCCUCGAUGCAGAGACCAGCUAUCCCAGCUGUGCCUGUGCUCCUGCUACGUCCACAUUCAGCUGAUCCCCUGAAACAGCAGGUCCAUUAUGCUGUCAGGAUAUUGGGAUAAUGCUGCGAGGAAGUUAGAUGUGAGCCGGCCUCUCUGUAUAUGUGGUCCUGUUGAAGCUAAAGCAUCUAAGUAUAGCACAUAGACAAGAAUUUCCAUGGAUUAUGGACGUAAUCAUGGGCUGAAUGUUUUAUAUGCGGACCUGAUAUAAUGUUGACGCUAAAUCCUCGAGAACACUGAAGAAUAUUCAUGAAAGUCAGCUGUUAUGUCACCGGCUGUGUCCUACAGUGAGACUAAAUAUUACCUUGAGCCAGAGUGUGUUAAAGGUCAGUUUACAGUUGUCUGUUGUGUUUCACUUGAAUGACAUUUUUCCUUGACCUGUUGACCAGCUGAUACCAAGCACUGCUCAGGAAACAUCAUAUACUUACUCCUGCUGAAAAAAAACAUUCAUUUGUAACAUUUACUUCUGUUUUUACAUGAGUUUUAAUAAAGGUUUUACAAAUUAUGGCAUCAAUAUGGUAUGCUGACUUGUAAACCUACUGAUACCAAUGCAGGUAUUGAAAGUAACCCGGGAUUCCCACCGCAUCCGGAACAGUUUAGAUCCGAAACGGCGGUGAUUCUUGCCAUACGCCAAUUCCUACCAAGUCCGUUUGUGAGACAGAUUAUGUGGUGGAUUACGGAUAGUGGAAAUCGCAAGAACUCACAAGAACCUGCAGAUUUACGUGCAAUCGCGUGAUAACGAGUUCCUUUCCAGCGCGGGUUAAUCUGUGCUGAAUUUAUCCGGCAUGUUCCGGCGUGCAGAAAAAAUAGAACUCUUGCGAUCAGCUGAGGAGUCCAGCGAUCUGCAGCGGAACAGAAAGAAGCCGGUGAAAAUUGACACAUUAACUUGAAUGGUUGCCAUCGGUGGAUACAGCCUUUUCGUAGCCGUUCCGGAUGCGGUGGAAAUUGGGGGUUAGGGUUAGGGUUGCGGAAACCAACGUCAAUACAGAUUUUUGAUCUUGCAUCUACACUAGGGAUGGGCAAUAUGGGCUAAAAAAUUGAUCACAAUAAGUUUUGUCAUUUUGGCGAUAACGAAAAAAGUCCUGAUAAAAAAAUAUUACAAUUCCAAUCCAUGUUUUUGACUCAUUCUGUCUUGACAACACCGGUUGUCAUAGUCAAAUAAGAGACGUAACCACAAGUUUAAGUGGUAGGUUAUGGAGAAAAGUAGUGACAUCAAAAAAGUCUGAAAUGUGAAAACACUUUCAACACUUAUUCAAAACUCUUACUACAUAGAGUGAACAGCAGCAGAUCCACGGUUCAAUGUCAGGCAAACCUGAUCACACUCAUCUAAGCCCCAAUCUUGAAGAAAAUCCCUGCUAAAUGGAGACUCAUUUAGCAACGAGCCGCUCAGAGACGCCUUCUUCACCACCUUCUGUCAUGUUUGUUUGUUAUUCUGCUCUUUGUGGGCUACGGCUGCAACUCCGUCACUCACGCCUACGUCAUCAACUUGCAUUUAUCGUGAGAUGGCAAAUAUUCAUCGUGGAGAAUUUUUCUGACAAUAAAUCGUGAACCAUAAUUUAUCGCCCAUCCCUAAUGCACUCCAGCUGCUCCUUCCUUCAGCCGGCAGACCUUUGGUUAGAGCCUCCUGCAGCACUGCUAGUGUCUUUAAACAACACACAGAAUUUCUGCCAGCUGGUUUAAAGCUCAGCCUGAUUUGUGCUCUAAAAUUUCCCUGUAGGGGAAGUAUCACAUUAUUAUCGCAUCAAUCAUCCCCGGGGUCGUACUUGCAGUUCACUUUUCCUUCAGUUGGUAGUAAUCGUUUUUCAUCUGUUAACUCUCAGGAAUUGUUUUAAACCGGCUUUUAUUGUUGCCAGCGCUGUUGUCUUCAGGCCCGUGUUAUUCACAUCCCUGCAGCUUUAAUAUAGAGGCCAAAUUCUGCACAUUUGUAAGACAUCUUCUUCUGCCGGUGUAAAUCUCAAGACAAAAAUCAGGCUAGCUCUGUGCAUUCCCAGAAGAAAUAUGGGGAAGCAUCAUCAUUGAACUUCUCCUGUGUGGUUGCAUUCAGCAGAUGAGGCAGAUUUCCCCUCAUCUUCUCCUUUCAAACUCUCUUCUUCUGGCUAGUAAGUCAGUGAGUGUGCACACACUUUUUCAGCCUGUAUAGAGUGGGAGUGGGUGUAGGAGUAGGAGGAGAGAAGAUUGCUGCUGCCAAAUAUUGUGGGUGAAUGAAUCUGAGAGAGAAAAGGAGGAAGCAGUAGUCCUGCCUCUCGAGGAUGGAGGAUGGGAUUUUUUUUCUGUCUUUGAAACAGAGAGAAAAAAGAGAGGAGGGUUGAGGGAUAGGAAGAGUGAAGGAGGAGGGAGAAAAGGGGGGCGGGGGGGUGAAAUUACCUCGCUUCAGGCAGAGCUCAGAAGUGCUGACAGGGAUGAAAUGGUAUCCAUGGUAACAAUGGGACGCUUGGAUGUAAGAUCUGAAUGCCCUUGUGAGGGAAUGUAUGAGUAUGUGGGGGGUUUCGGGGCAGGGGUUCACUGCAGGUAUGAGGGAGAGUGGGAGACAAAGAGAGAGAAAGCAAUCACACAGGAGCAGCGGGAGAAUGAAGCACCUUAGAUAAGACCAGAUGAAUAAAUACACCUCAGAAAAGACUGACAGUCCAAUGGAGCAGAGGGUGAAUUUCAGACAUCAGUGCUCAAGAUAUGUCCCAGCAGCACAGAUAAGACAGUGUGACAGCAACACGCACACACCGACACAAAUGAGCACAAACAGGGAACUACAUGAUAUCUGUAACUCAUGCCUGUCAGUGUUUAAUAAUGUUUAUUAUGCAUGUGUUGCCUCUUCUUCUUUUCUUUGGGGUAGAACUACUGAUUGUUUUUUUUUUUACUGUGGUUGACUGACUGAUCUUUACUUCAGAGAAGAAUAAAUCGACUAAUUGAUAAAAAAAAUUAUGAGUUAAAAAUGCUACGUAAAUGCAACCAGUCUGAUUCUGUGGACACUAUGGAGAAUAGAGGCAACAAACAGGGAUGGUAUCAGAGCAGCUCCAUGAGGUUGUAAAACACUCAAGUACUAAAGUAACUCUGAAAUCAGCAUAUUUCUGUCACCAUAAAAUGUCAAGCCUGCUGCUCCCAGCAGCUGCUAGACUGUAAAUGAUGGCUGUGCUAUCAGACAAAAAUAGCAUCAUAAUCAAAUGCCAAAAGAUUGAAAAACUGUGAAAGUGUUGAAAUGAAGGGCUGCAUUACAGGGAUGUUUACUGUGGAUUAACCCUGUACGAGGACACGGUGACAGCAUGGCAUCUUUCAGGUCAUUUGGCUGACAAUGUGACUAUUACACAUGCGCACAUUGCAACUGUGAUGUUCAGAUAGUCUGGAUUAAAGAUGUUGUUUAGUCAGUAUUUAAGGUAAAUACUUUUGGCUCUCUGAUAAGUUAAAAAUUCUGCAGUAACAAAUUUUACUAUAAUCCUGUAAAGUAUGAUCACUCACUGUAGGGCUGCACGAUAUACUGUCGUUUUUUUCAUUUUGGAAAUGAGCAUUCAUUGUGAACACAUUACAAAAGUGAGUAAAUAAAUAAAUAACAUCAAACACACUUUUUUUCAUAUAAUGCCACUUUUUAUACUUAUUUCGUAUUCACACCACAUUAUUGAACAAUAAUAUCAUCCCUGACUUGUCGUUCUCUUAUCAUGUAGUUGUACAUCAGGACACAGUUGUUUUCAUUGAUCUGUUUUACCUUCCGCUGUUUUCUCAUAUUAAAAUGUUUUAUACCAAAAUUAAAGCUAAAUCUGUAUCAAAGUUUUCUAAUGUUUUACAGCCCUAUUUCCAAGGUCUCCUUUUUCCAAGACGCCUUCAAAAAGAAUAGUAAAUCAUCUGUAUGAAAAAUGAUAAUAAGUGACUGCUGAAUAUUUCAUGACACAUCCUGAAGUCUGGAGUUCUUGCUGUUCUAGCUGUAAUUCCUGGGGUGCUGGUUUGAUAGCCUGCAGUGGUAAAAAGCUACUAAGUCAUGCGGCGGAUUAUUCAUACGUACUCGUACUAACCUUGAACAGUUCAUAUACUCAACAACACACAGGAAAAACUUUGGUGACUUUCAGGUAACUUGAUGAAGUUACAACAACAUAGUUAUUAUAUGCUUGGAUUAUUAAGUCCUUUAGUGAGGUUUUCUUGCCAAACAUCCAUAUUAAAAACUAAAUUUCUGCUACUUUUAGUAUCUUUGUUAAAGACCAUCGACCUGUGAGAGAUAAAAAAAAGUUCAGCAACCAAAAAGCAUUUCUUAUAAACCUUUUUUAAUAACUCAUCAACCUGUAGUAGAGCUGUGAGUAACAUUUUGCUUUUGCGGACCGACCCAACAACAUGACUGUGCGUCUCCUUUCAAAGACGUGGUUGCUGAAGGCAAACAGGCGCACACCUGCGCCUGAUAUAACAUGAAGAAAUAAACGCCGUGACCACACAAACACACUCAUGCACACUCAAACACCCUGUUAUUUGUGCAGAGCUGAGUACGUGUUAAUUUCUGUUGGAGGUGGUAAUCACACUCAUGUUACUCAACUAGACCAGGACGCACAAUAGAGGUAUUAACCCUUCAGUUGUCAGGUGAUGAUAUUUACCUUUAGCAGUAAACAUGUUUGUUUUGUCAGGAUUUUAAAUUCUGCCAAAGACGCAACCACUUGCAACUGUUUGUCAUGACAAAGAAUUUCUUUGGAAUUAUAACUGAAUAUUUUCACUUUAUUGAUUUAUCUGCCAAUUAAAGUCUUGAUUAGUUGCAGAACAUAAAAAACAAUCAAAACAUUAAUUUGAUGAAGUUUAAGAGGAUGACAGCAUCACACAGGAGCAGCAAUAAUCACUUAAUUUAAGUGUUUCUCCUUUUAAAAAAACAAAACAAAACAAAAAACUGUGAUUUAAAGUCAAGAUUAAACCAGACUUAUUUACUUCAUCCAGCAAUCUGCCUUAUCCAAAUGUAUUCAAUGUUAUUUUAAUCUGCUAAUUUUCAUAAGGUCAUCAUGAGAAGCAUGGAUAUUUAAAUGUAUCCCAGAAGUACACUUCCGCUGAAAAUGCUGGGUGUUGGUGUCACUGUAUCAGUAUGUGUCUGAAGCUAUUUAACUUUGCCUCUCUGUGCAGGGCUUAUUUUAAAUCUGGUACUUUGAAAGCAGUUAAUAGUCCAUUCCCACAUUGUUCAGAGACCCCCUAGGGGCACACGCAGACACACACCCACAAAGAAGCCAAAGGUCGGGGUCGGAGGUCAGCGGUGCGUUGGUUGUGGAUCAAAGAACAAUGGUUGGAGAAUCCUCGCUGCCGAAAACAGCACUCCCUGUCCGUCUCCCCACUCGAGCUGAGCUCAGCGUUACAACGCCGAGCGAUGGGAGACAAAGAGGUCCGCCGGCGUCUUCAGCCCCAGGCGGAGCUGUUGACUGAGGCUUUGAUUGACACACUCAGAGGGGAAAAAGAAGAACAUACUGAACAAUGACAGCGCCAGCUGAGUGAGGCUUCUCGGUGAAUGUGUGUGCAUCGCUGAUGCCAUGUGUUGUGAAUGUGAAUCACAGAUCGCGAUUACAUCAUAGCGCCCGGGUGCAUGAGCUGACAUAUUGAGUCUGACGUUGUCACAUGUUGGCCUUGGAGCGCUGCAGAAACUUCUGACAGCAAGUUGUGAAGGUGCAGAGUUUUGGUCCAUUUAUUUAAAUUCAAAACAUUUCGUAGAGGAAUGACUCAGAGAUGAAACUAAGAGAGACUUUUUCUGAAAAUGUCUUUUUUUUUACCUGAGAGAUGAAUAAUAGGAUGACUCCAUGACAUUAAAUGAAUAUGUAGAGGUGUGUUGGACAUACUAUGAUCAGUAAAAUUGGCAGAUACGCUGUCAAAAUUUGAUGAACUUUCCCUUAAGUAGAUUGCAGAACAAAACUUAAAUCCAGCUUUGUCUAUUUAGGACGAUUGUAUCAGGUUUUGUGUUUUCAUUGACAGCUGCUGGUACUCGCAGAGCUUUUGUCAAUGUCUAGCCGUCCUCUGUGAUUGUGUGCAGCUAAUUCAAUUUUAUUGACGUGUCUACAAUACCAACAGGAAGUCCUAUUGAGAACCUCUCAUGCAUUGCUUAUGUAACUAUUUGCUUGUGUUUGUGUGUAUGUGUUAUUGGCCCGGCAUGUGUCUGUGCAUGUGAUGUCCAUUAUGAAUAAUAACACAGUUAACAAACCCAUCAACAUUCGUCUUUUCAUGACUUUUAGUGUCUGAUUCAACUGAGCAGUUAUGUAUCGUCAGCUGUAAAGAUGUUGGUUUCACUAUUGGAGUGGAGUUGCGUUUGUUGGUUGAAAAAAUGAGCCUUUGAAUGUGUCUUUCUUGUGGCCUGUGGAGUUCAACAUGACUUUUUAAGACAGGAAACAAUUUGCUUCAUUUAAAUCCAGGAAGGCCAGGCUUUAUAGUGAACCCCGCUGAGUCAUGAAGAGAACUCCAACUAUGCACGUUAUUUACAAAAUGACCUUGGUGCUUUUUUAGAGCGGAUUUUAUUGUCGCAGUUAAAACCCAACAUUCAUCAUCAUCAGCGUUCACUUGAGUAAAUAACCAAGUGAGAAGUAAAUGAGUCUUCUGGAUGUCUGUAUAAUCAGUUAUCGAACUCUUCACUCAGUAUGUUAACAUGCACAGGCAAGUCAAGCUACUGUCAUAGCUAGGGAUGUCCCGAUACAAUAUUGACAAAAAUACGAAUAUCAAAUUAUAUCGGCCUGCAUCUAAAAUCUCCGAUAUCAGCAUUCCAAUACAAGCAGUCCAUUCCAGACUCCACUUCAGCACUUCCAUUUAGCAGCGCCCGGAUCAAGCAUGCAGAGCCCACGUAAUCACAACAACAGUGUAUACUAAGGUACUAAUUAAGUAGCAAGGAGUAGGAGUGAUGUCGGCUGUGUGGCCAUAUUUUUCCUUGAAGUCCGAAAAAAGACGUUGCAGCCGAGUGCUAAACUUGUCACGCACAAGUUCAUGCUAAUAUUGGAUCAGUACUGAAGUCUACAGUAUUGGUAUCGUAUCGAAAGUAAAAGUUGUAUCGGACACUCCUAGUCAGAGCACGAUUAGGAGAUUUAACUGGACUACUGUCCUCAUCCCAGUUUACAUGGAGUGGGCAAGAAUUGAAUUGUUGACAGAAGCAUGGCAACCUAGGUGCCAACCCGUGUUGUUUUUGUUGACGCCCUUUUUUUCCACGACAAAGAUGUGAUGUUAACGAGCUAAACAUAAGUCUUAGAUCACUAAAAUGAGAUGAGACGAAUGUGCGUUUAUGUUGACGAGACGAAAACGUUAGUAGUGGACGACGAACAGAGUUGCAAAAUUCCUGAGCAUUUUGUCAGUCAAACGCUAAACAUAUAUUCUGCAGUUGACGUCAACGUCAACGAAAACAACACUGGUGCCAGCUCAACUCGGCUCCCGGUUGACAUAGUAAGUAUCAAAACAUUCGGAAAGAAAUGGUAACAGGAUGUACAUUGAGCGGUGAAAACGUCAUUUUUAUCACGAUGUACUGUUUGUCAGUACAAUAGGAAUGUUUUUUUUGUUUUUUUACCAUAACCUUACCCUCAGAAACCACCACAGUUACCCUCCGUUUGUACUUGCAUAGUAAAGCAAGCUUGGUGUUUUCACAGAGUAUGGAGAAUAGAGUAGAGAAGCAGUGCAGCUCUUAUUUGAACUGAUUUUACACCGUCUUUGUUACAUCUGACUCAAAUCGUAGAACCUGCUGGGUAGUUUUGUACUUAAAACAAAAACAAAUAAACAACAGAUAUGUCAGUCAGAGUUUCUGCAGAAUUCAUGUUUCCCUGCAGUCUGGAGGCCAGCACACAUACUACCAGCUUCUAAAUCCACAUUAAACAGCUUAUGUAAGUGUCUUAAUCAAACCAUCACUAUAAUUUGGAUGUUGCAGCAGGCAGCGAUGAUAAAACUGAAGUUAACAGGUUUGUGUUGAUUAUUCUGCAGAAGAUUAUUUAGGCUCGAGGCAGAUUUCACACAGCAAAGAUUAAUAACCAGUGAGAUUAGAUCUUGAGGGUGAAGCUGGCUAUUAGAUUUCAUCUCCGGCAGGCUUGAAAGAGACCCUAUCUCCUCUGUAGUGGGUUUGCAGUUCUGAUCAGCCCGAGCUAGAAGAAUGAAUCGUUCUGUGAGUAACCCGGAGGCUUUCUAAGAAAAAAAGUCAGUGUGUGUGUGUGUGUGCUUGUGUUGGGAUAAGGGCUUAUUCUGCUGGAAAACCCCCCCUCUUUUCAGCUGGCAGUGUUGGCAGGUAUGGCUUCACUCAGGCAGAGGAAUGUCUUGAACUAUUUCACUGUUUUGGGGGCUCUAAGGGUCCCGAAUCAAAAGGAAGUUUCUGGUCUGCACUACUGAUUCUGCUCCUGAUCUCUUCUGACAGUGAAUCGAGACACUUGCUGUAUCCUGCUUGCCCUCAUCCUUUUGAAUAAAAUACUGAGGCAGUGAUUGUGUCAGCGAACACGCCAAAUUCCCAGCGCUGAUUACGGAUUCCUACACAAAACAGCAGCCAUCUUUUUUCAGCUUCAGGGCGCUGACCACUUUGGGAGAGAAGCAAAGUGAGGACACUCUUCGGUGUACGGCAGUCAGAGCAUGACAUAAACGAGUGGGUGUGAGUGUGAGUAAUAUGUGAGCACUCACAUGGCACUAACACGACAAAGUCCAAACUGGACUCUGUUAUGCCUGCAGCCGCUUUCAGAGCUUGUGUGUACGUGUGUUUUUUGUCCAAGUUCUUAUGCAUGCACACAUUUGCAUAAGGAAACAGGCCUGGGCACAACUUGUUCUUCCUGUUAAGUGUGACGUGUUAGCUGUCGGCUUUGCCACUGGAGGAGCACCCACUCUACCAGUUGACUUUUGUUCCAGUAAGCAGCACAAACUUAAGCUGCACCUAAAGGCCUUUGUUAGGAUGUAAGGGGGCUGUGCCACACCAAUAGCAUUGUGUCAUAAUGCAUUUCCCUUUUGUGGAAUAAAACUACAAUCAAAAUACAGGAUAAUGCUCUUAACUCAGAUGUAAAGUACGGCUUAAACAUGACAGAAACCAAAGGCUGAACUUGUAAAUCAACUUUUUUCUCAAAUGUGCACUCUCUCUGAACUUUUGGUUAAUACCUUUUGAUGGAGCUUGACUUACAGCUGCUAAAUCACUGGCUGACUUUGAGUGACUUAUCAUAUUUAUGUUGCACUAGACAGGAGCGCUAUACACCGUCAGUGACAUACACAACACAGUGUUUUACAUACACCAGACCAGCCUAAACACACCCAUCCCUGAUAAUAGCCUGAUCAUGCUAUGAUUACCACCGUGCUAAACAUUAUGGACAAAGCAUUUCCUUUUUGGCCCAAAAAAAGGAGAACAAGGGUUAGGUUUCAAAUCUGAAGAAAUGAAACUCAGAGGGUUUGCUGAAUAAAGAAACUGAAAGAAGGAUGUAAAACUUGAGAGUCACAGAGAAGGAUCAUAUUUACGGAAGAGGAUAGGGGCCACUGGGGGAAAUAAAGGUCUAAUAUGUUUUUUUAUUAUUAUUCUGAGAAAUGAUGUUAGAAUUUUGACUUUUUUUCCAGAAUUCUGACUUUUUUCUCGGAAUAAUAGUAAAAAAACAAAACAAAAAAGUAUAUUUUGGACCUUCCUUUUUCUCCACUGACCCUAAUCCUCUUCCAUACAUAUUUACUUAAACCAACAUGAUAUUGAAAGUAGUGCUUUUUUACUUGUUGAGUUGGCUUGUUUGCUUUAUGUAUCGCAGACAUUCACAGUGUGAAUCAUAAAUGCAACCCAGGAGACACUCAGCUGGUAGUCCAUUUGUCCCUUCGACAUAAUAAGUUUUAAAUGGAAAUCCUGCUCCAGUGAUUUGCUCAGUCAAUGCGCCUGGUGCCGACACCGUAUUGAUCUCACUUUUACAUCAAGCCUUAUUUCCAGUGACAAACUCCAGCAUCUUGAUACAGUCUCUUGUUGUGGUGUGAUUAGCAUUCGAAUAAUGUUACAUAAGAGGGUCUUUCCAUAAAGCUCCACAGCUGUCCUUUCACAACAGUGUGAUUUAAAUACGUGCAAAUGCUCAGGCAAAAAGCACAUGCUUUAUUUCCAUGUAAGUCUAAAUAUUGAGCAGUGUAGGAGAAACAGGGGGUGGAGUGGGGGUGGCGUUCAAUAAAAGGAGCCUUUCAGCUGCACUGGAAACAAUUUCGAGCUGAGGGGACAUUUAUAUUAAAGCGAUGCUGUGCCAGCACUCACUGUGUGUGCAUGUGUCAGAGCAGCCAACUAGCAAGAAUCAAUUGUCCCUCUUCCUGAUUCAGUUUUGGGACAGGCUGCUGUUUCUAAAUAAGCGCUUAAUUCUGACCCGAUAUUCACAGCCCUGCGCCAGCACAGGCAGAGAGACAAUACGUUUUGAGAGAAUUAGAGGGUCAGUGGAGAGACGUUUCUCAUUUCCCCAGACGGGGCAGACAGAGCAGUCAUCCAAAGGUCACGCUGCAUCGACUGGAUGUUCUAACCCGCUCAGCUGGUGUGCAGAUCCCAAACACAGAUGUUUACCCAGUUUUGUUUUUCAAUUAGAGGAGGUUUUGGAUCAUCUGUCAAUAUUUGUGAAUAAUUUAUUCAUUUAUUAGUAUUUAAUGCGCCAGAAAAUCCUUUACAGUGUGGCCUUUACUUUUUCCAGAGUGUGCUGUAGAAACAAUGUCUUCACAAAGGUGGAGCUGGAGCCGAAAACUGUUGUGUCUCAGUGCUUAAUGAAUGGUUGAAAUUAUGUAAUAAUGACGCGUCCCGGGGGAGACUUUUGCCAGGGAAAGUCCCGCCUCCUUCGCCUCUGAUUGGCUGGAAAAGCUGGAAACAUCAUUACAUGCUCAAGCCAAACGGUCAGCACUUAUAGCCAAUCAGAGGCGAUAAGAUAAGCACAUGAAACUAUGGUAACAACCGUUAGCAUACGUUAGCACAGAUGAAAGUUAAAACAAAGACGUUUAGCAAACUGUUAAAGCACAUAAACCAUCGUCAUUUGAGAGAUCCGACGCUAUGACUCUCCACAAGUUGUCCUUCAGGUCGUUAUAUUUGUAAUGUUUGUGUUUUUUAUCAAAAAGCACUCUGUUCUCUGACACGUAAACAAUCAGCCGGUCGGCCAUGUUGGAUAUACCGGUGAAUCUGACGUCACAACAACACGCAAUCUUAUUGGUCAGAAGUGGACACACAGUAUGUGAAACUUUUAAAAAUCGACCUCGAUCUGAAGAAAUAAAUGCUGCAAUAACGCAGGACGAGAAAACGUUGCUGAUGUGAACGCUUGUAUUGACAGGAUAUGGGUUCGAAAACAUAUAUUGACGUCUGAAAUAAUCGCACGACAAAAACGGUCCCGGUGUGAAAGGACCUUAAGCCAGACGUCAGGAGAAAAAAAGAAAGUCAAUUCUUUGACGGUUUUCACUCACUGUUGCUAUGGUUACAAAUAGUCUGCAUAUUCACCAAUCAUCCUGCAAAUUUUCUGUGAAGUGUCUUCUUAAACGCUGAUCCUCAUAUGAAGGGUUUGUCAGGUUUGUGUUUAACAGGAUGUAACAGCGUUUGGAUUGAUUGUUUGUCAGUUGUCAGAAGAAACACUAACAGGGAAGAGGAAGCAGGAAGCCUUUCUGCCAUGUUUGCAUCUUUUCAUGUUGACUGAUAUUCACUUAGACAUGCUCAGAGAGAGAGAGAGAGACAGAGAGAGAGAGAGAGACAGAGAGAGAGGGAUGUGUUGGUGGGAAACAGUCAAUGAGGUAUAGAGAGCCUGAGGUCAGAGAGGAGUUAAAGAUAGAGCUCAGAGAGGAGGCAGCCAAAGACUGGAGGCUGUGUGUGUGUGUGUUUGUGUGUGCGUGUGAAUGACGGAGUGAAAAAGGGAGCAUGCAGAGAGAGGGUAUAUUUGGCCUUCAUGCUGUCUUGCACAAAUUUGUCACUGCAUGUUGGAUGUUAUUGAGCAUUCUGACUAUGAAUAUCUUUAAUGACCCCAGCAGGGGUUGUGUGUUAUUUCCAUGCGUGUGUGUGUGUGUCUGUUCUUGUCUGAACGAGCUGGCACUAAUGAAGCAUUAGGCCUUGGACCGGAUUGAUUCGGGGCUUUUUCACCAUUUUCAUCCUUAUCUUCUCUGUUUUCCAUUUCUUGCAAUGAGGAAGUGUUCGUUUAUCUUAAGGGAAGCAGCAGCAACAGACUUUUGGCUUCAGCAAAAAGGACACCAGAUAUCGACCCGUGGUUUGGUCUAAUUCCACAUUUUCAUGAAGUGGCCUUUCGAAACCGAAGAUCAUUAGGCCACAUUUACAGCUGUGGAAGAACAUAGCAGCGUUAAGUAUCUCUAAAUUUGAAAGAUGGAUGCUUGUGGGUGAGUUUAAAAGGUGGCACAUUUUUGCAAACUGUAGCCUGAUUUCUGCUUAGCUCAGCACGGAAGAGCUCAGUCAGCUAGUUCUGCUGCUGUUAUAGUAAUAGUGCAGAGUGGUUUAAGGGUCACCAACCAGAGAAGGUCAGAGAUUAGAGGGUAAUCUAGUUUAAUUAUUCAUCCAAAGAUCAGAGUGUUGAACAUAUGGAGCAUGUUGGUGAAAUCCUAACUCAACAUCACCCUUUGGCUUCCAUACUUUCUUUUGUCCCUGGGGUUAAACAAUGUUUGUUAAAGAUCUUGAUUUGGUCCCCAGACGUCUCCCCUCCCCCUCCCCCUUCAUCUCCUUCUCUUCGCUGCUGUGUUUCUUCCUGUUGUUGCUUCUACUGUCUCCCCACAGAGGCUGCCGUUUUCCUGUGGCGCUUAACACAAACAUAACCAGCGGCUCAGAUCUCAAACCAGACAACAAUGGGAGGGGGGGGAGAAAAAAAAGAGAACAACAAAGAGGAAACAUGUUUCACAUGCUGUAAACACAGACAGACUCACUGAAAGUUUGUCUGUUUUUACAAGCAGUGGAAGCUUAGAAUUAACUUUUAAUUACAGAUAAUAUAGGCCAUGUGAAUUCUUACACAGCAGGACAGAAACCAGUACUGUGAAAUCUGGAAUAUAAAUCACACAUCACAAGUAUGUAAAACGUAAUCUCUUCCUCGUCUGUCAGAGAGAAAAAUGUUCAACAUGUCUUCCUGUGCGACAUUUUCCACGGCCUUCAGCAAAAGCCAUCGCCUGCACUUUUUAUGUUUCAAGUUUUACCCGUUAAAGGGAACCUGAAAUACCGGUGCCGACCUCUCUUGGUCACUUAUAUGCUAUUUUAAUGAACCUGCAUCUCCCAAUGAGAUUCAUGUCACUGGUAGUAGUGUAUCACUUUUGCUGUUAUGGCACGAUUAUGACCUGAUCAGGGUGAGAAGCUGGUAAAAAGUGUUGCCACCAGCCUGUGUGGUGAACCCUUGCUUAUAACACACAGAUGGCAAAUUAGCAAAGUUGUUGCGUAUAUAGCUGUAAUGAAGCUUUGGGUCGAGAUACAAUAUCGUCACGAUACUUUGGCCACGAUAUGAUACCAUUGAAAGUGCUAGUCGUAGAAGUAGGAUGUGAAUAUUCAGGAUAGGGCUGGGCGAUAAAAUGAAAAUUUACAGGUACCAAAAUCUACCCAUGUCAAUAUAUUGGGUGUCAAAAAAAAACUAUAAAAGUUGGUUUUGGAUGUGUAGGGAGGCUAUGGUUUCAUGUCCCUUUAAGACGCUGUCCUACGUCAGAGAUGUGACUCCCUCCCAUCCAGUCCAUAAGAAAGAGGGAAAGACAGGUGAGGAGAUGGAGGACGGUUCAAAAGUUGUAGCGGCUGAAGCGGCGACUGAGGUAGAUUAAGUUAAUGUGGGAGGGGGUGAGCAGCUUGUGAAAUAGUUAUCGUCUAUUUAUCGUUAUCGAGGUGAACUGCUCAAUAUAUCGUGAUACUGAUUUGAGGCCAUAUCGCCCAGCCCUAAUCCAGGAGAUAUACAGUAGAUGAGUCAAAUCAAUGAAGUGUAAAUUUGGUAUGACAGUCGCACAUUUUAAGAUUUCAUUAAUAUUUUUCAUUGCACGUAUAAAACAGCCUCUUUUUCUGUCACUGCACUCUGUACUGUGUGUGUGUGUGUGUGUGUGUGUGUGUGUGUGUGUGUGUGUGUGUGUAGCAGUAGUAGUAGUAAUAUCUCUGGUUGUGUCCGUCCAGAGCCAUCUGGUAAAUUCCAGCACAGAGGGUAUUUUAGUUUGCCAGCAGUCUGUAUCCCCCCCCCCUUCAUCACACACACUCUCUCAUGCAGACACACAUUUUCUCCGCCACACUCACACACAUACAGUGUCACGUGCGUCGUGACUGCAGGGCAGCGCUCCUCUUUGAGGGAGAGAAGAAAAAUGCAGCGUUGUGGAUGUAACUGCUGUCUCCCGGCCGUUUUCCCUCUCGGACUCUCUCACAUGUUACGUCACGUUUCCUUCAAAAGUCUGCCGACUCUUUUGAUGUGUGUAAAAAAGGGACGAGGUCGGCGACAGAAGAGGAGCAAAUAUGGUAUCCGUGUGCAGUGAUGUCCUCUAGUGUGCUCCCAGAAAACCAUCCACGGAAACGUCAGAAUUUGAGAGACAGAAUUGGGUUUACUUGGCAACCGUCUGCUUUGAUAUCACAGGCUCUUGAGCUUUAAAGGUUUUCUGCUUAAUUUGAAGCUUGAAGAAUGACAGUAACUAGACUAAAUCCGUGUUUUUACCUUGCAGCUUCAGUGUCAUAAACAGGAUCAUGAGGGAUGACAGACUGCAACCCAUUUAUUUUCAUGAUAGGACGCUCUUUUUUUAAGUAAUAUUUUGACGUGAUGAGGCCAUUGAACCAUUAAACAGCCAAAAAAUAGUCAAAAUUAUGUCAAAAAUAUUUACAUCAAAUCCUCUAUUCGUCAUUUCAGAUGCUCACAUGAAAAUAAAUAAGCUUGUGCCCAUAAAGGACAUGAAAAGGUUACAUCUCAAGCUAAUCAUGGCUGCAGGGAAUCUUGCACUCAGCAGGGAAGACCACCUAGGAAACAGGAAGGGGGGGAGGAUGUGUGGGGACAGAGGUUGUGGGGCCAGAGGGAGGCAGGGGUCACAUUAGAGUCUGUAUGCUCUCUCUCAGGAGGAGGAGAAUGGAGAGAAACAGCGUCAGGAUGCUUUACUUGACUCCAGGGCUUUCACGUAGCAGGGGGUCAGGAAACCACAGGGGAGGGAGUCACAUUGGUGAGACACCGUGUGAUGGAAGUGAAACAGUGAGGGAGGGCAGGGGGGGGUUUGAGUGGGUGAGGGGCAGACAGGCCUGCUGCAGAGCAAAUGGUAGCAUGAAGGAUGUAAAGGACAGGAGGUCUCAUCAAAGUCAUCAUCGGGGUCCCUCUGUGUGGUCCCUUCACAGCAGCAGCAUGACGACAUGUGGCAUGUUGGCCUUUGGGUGGGCGUGUGUCUGCUGGUUGUUGUUUUUUCCUUAAAGCUGGACAGACAGAGUACAGACAGGGAGGCUGGAGUCCGCAUAGAAAUAAUGACAAACCAAAAUCCAGUGAUAAUCCAAACUAAUGAAGCUGAAAGCUGCAGCUAGGUGUUUUAAUUUAGGACAGAACUUAGAACACAACACUGGGAAGCGGUUGCUGCUGCGACCUUAAACAGAUUAAAUUAAAAAAAAACUCCAUAGUUUAUUUCCUUAUUCAUUUUUUUACAACAUUACUAUUAUAAUUUAAAAAGUUAAUUAUGUUUCCUGAAGUUUUCCUUUAAAAUGAUGAUGUGUUAAAGCUCCCAUGAGGGGUUUUUCACUGGUAAUGAAACAGACUGAAAGAAAUAAUGAGUUUAUUAUGACCUACAAAAGCUAAUUAAAAACAUCAGCAUAAGACUAUAUAGUAUUUGAGGGAAUUUACAGCCAGAGAAGGAUGCCCUGUUUUGUUCUUUUUCUUAAAUGUCUGUGAUUAGUGAAAAGAUUAGCAGUUUAGAGAAAGCAGGAUGAGCAUCUUUUAUCUGACAGCACAAUUUACCCAUGUAGGGGCUUUCCCUGUGGAAGAAAGAAGAAGGACCAUUACCCUCAGUUUUUACCACAUCCGUAACGGCUCAGAUCCGGAAUGGCAGUGAUUUUUGCCGUCCACUAAUUCCUACCGGAUCUGUUGAAUUUCGUGAAUUUUGUGAUGGAUUAUGGACAGCAGAAAUCACGAGAACUCACAAGAACCCGCGGAUAACAAGUUGUCUGUACAAAGACUUUCACAGAGGCUAACCAUAUGAGCAGUAGAUUGUGUUCUCCCAGAGGAGGAAAUCCACCUCUAGACUUCUAAAAUCAGCAUCUCCUCAUCCAUGGUGUCAUCGGGGUGAACUGUUAUCUAAAGACCUUUCACUUGUUCGUCUCUGUAUGUUUGCAUGGUGUGAAACACGAUCCACCUGUUUUAUUUUGAAAAGAAGCGGGGUGUUUUAUUUUGUGUCUGUGCCUGACUUCCUUUCCAGCACAGGUUAAUCGGUGCUGAAUGUAUCCGGCAUGCUCCAGCGUCCGGAAAAAAUAGAACUCUUGCGAUCAGCUGUGGAGUCCGGCGAUCCGCAGCGGAACGGAAAAAAGCUGGUGGAAAUUGACAGAUUAACUUGAAUUGUUACGAUCAGCUGCGAUUCGUAGUCGUUCUGGAUGCAGUGGAAAUUGGGGGCUACAGGAGCUUUGACUGUCAUGCUAUUAGUUUAAAGUUAUGAACUGGGUUCAUGUAAUCCUGUCUCUCUCUGAUUGGGUGCAGUCGUACGCUAACCUGACCUGUCUUCAUCUACCUUCAUAUGACCUCUCCUCAGAGCAGGAAAAGUUUGCUGCUCCUCUUUGCCUUAACCCAGUUCAGAUCCACAGAAGCGGGCAGAUGUUGUUGGCUGAUAAGUCACCCCCUGACACUGGAGCACGUUGGCAGGCAAACAUCCCCUCCACUGGAAUGCUUAUGAGCUCCAGAGGUGCUAACCUCAUUAUUACCUCAUGUGCCCUUAUUUUUCUUUUUUCUUUUUUUUUUCGGCUUGCCCAAUGAUGGCAUGAGAAGCCUGUAGUAUUGGUCUGUCCUGCACCUUGAAGCGCCCUUCUCUAUCUUGUUUUUACCCUUGUGUUUCACUGCGAGAGAGAGGCACACAGUCAGGAUGCUGACAUCGAUUAAAUCGAUUAAAGCAUACAAAAGCAAUUUCAUGUCUCGGCCCACAGCUUGAGCAGCAGAGCCUCCGCAGCAGACAUUUCAAGUGCGCAUACAAUCAUGUGAAAUAUGUGCGUAGAUUUAAGACAUCAGAAAGUUAAAGGUAUGCCAGAGGAACAAAGCGGUUUUUGCUGCCUGCUUCACUUCCACACUUCCUGCUCUAACAGCCUGUGUUUGACCUUCACUGCUCCUUCCUCUUUUUCUUUUCGGAGUCCCUCGCUCGUCCCUUUGCUCACUCUCCAGUUUCCCUCCUCUGUCCCUCUGGCGCAUCUCCAAAAAUGUCAGCGUUUCCUAUGUUUGUCCUCCUCCAGCAUCAGACCUCGUCAUCACUAUCAUGGCGCCUGCACAGCAUCAGAUCAGCACUUCAGACGUGAUGUGUGGACAGGACUCUGAAAAUCUCUGUUUCUCUCCUCCUGCUUUCCAAACAUUUUCCCUCCUUUUUAUGUCAGUCUGUCUCUGUCUGUGUUUGGUUUAAUUGCUCUCUGAAAGUGUCUCGCGGAGUAUUCCUUGAUGAGAUGAGAACAGAGGAGGCUCUCAAAGCUGAUUUGUGGAUCUGACUGUCAAAAAGAGAGACUGUCGAAUAUUUCCACUAGACGACUUUUUUUUAUUCACAUUCCCUCAACUCAGAGAGUGUCCUUACUGCUUUUGUCGACCUUGAAAAGAUUAAAAAAAAAAUCGUAUUGCAGCCUGUGUAAGCAUAAUUAUUGUGAAUUUUGGUGAAGAUUCAGUGUGUGGGAUGAAACCCCAAAAGGAUGCAAAUCAAAUUCUAAAUAAACACUGUAGAGGAAAUUUAGAUGUUGAAAUUAGAGGUAGGAUUCACUAGUCGCCCCGCAAGACGAUAUUAUCACGAUACCAUUGUAUUGCGAUCUGAAACAUUUUGCAAUACAGUGAGUAUCAUGAUACAAUAUAUUGGGAUUUAUACAUUUUUUUUCAACUGUUAAUCUAAUUUAGCAUUUGUCCUUCAUUUCUGUUUGUCUUAUUUACACAGUAUUUUAUUUUCAUGUAGCACAUCUUGCAAACCUUAUAUAUGUAUAUUUUUUUGUACUGACUUUCUCCUUCUCUAUGAUGUUACCUCUGCAAACCUUACUGGACAAACAGUUGAUUUUAUUUUUCCAUUUUUAUAGAUUUUAUAUUGGCAAUUAAUUUGAAAAAUUGAUACCUGGUGAAUGAGGCGAUACGAUAUAUCACCAGACAAAGUAUCGCGAUACUAUGCUAUAUUAAUUUUUUUCCCGCCCCUUGUUGAAAUUAUGAAAAAUAUAAGAAAUGUUUAAUUAUAAUAUAAAUUUUAUGAUAUUUAUGAUAGUUUAAUUUUAAAAAAAAGUCUGUAUUUACUUUAUCAAGGCUAAAAUGAUGCCAAGUCAAUAAUCAAGUGUUGCUGUUUUGUUUCUUUAUGUUUCUCAGUUGUCAGGCUUUAAGUAUUCAGUUUUCAUGUUUUUGCCUAAGCUCACAGAAAAACCAGGAACUGAGUCGGGGUCUGACAGUCCGUUGUGGACCUUCAGUUUAAGAGACUAAAUUUGCUUUUCUCUUUAGACAUUUAAAAUUCUCAAAAACAUGAUUUUCAGUGUCAUAAAUGUUAUGGACAAUGCAAAUGAAUACCACAGCUCUGUUUCAGCUGAUGAUGCUGUAUGCCCACAGAACAGCGUAAACCCGGCUCUAAACAGCUGAUACUAGAAGGCACUGCUGAUCACUCUCCCUCCCAUGCCUUUUAUACCGUCGGUACAUGAUACGCUGCAGUGGCCUGCCUCUGCUGGAAAGAGGGAGGUUCCCAGGGGUCCGAUUGAAUAGCUCACACUUUGUUGUUAAGUUUUGAUUUAUCAAUUGUGGCUAGUAUCAAACCAAUAUUAGGUAUUUGAUCGCGUUUGUGGCCAAGAAAAUGUGUCCUUGAAUGCUCGUAUAGAAGCUUCAGAUGUGAACUUCAGUCUGUUAAAUGAGCUGCUGAAACUGCUUUAAUCCAAAAACAUCAAAUUUUCCUUGAGUGGUAUUAAUAUUUCAAUUUCAACAUCUGAAUAGAUUAUGUAUCUGACAUCCUGACUAAUCCUGACACCAAGUCCAAAACUCACAGAUGUUGUCAUCAGACUCCUUCGGUCCUCACAUUCGCCUCCAUCGACUCGUGAAGAUUUGAUCUCCGUCAACAGUAACUGAAACCCGCUCAGAGACUUUAAUAAAUGAUUUCAUUUACGAAGAUUAUUCUGAGAAAUAAUCCAAUCUUAUCCCCUAUCAGGUUGAACCUUUCUCCUUUCACGUAGUUUAAAAAGUGGAAAAAGUGAAGUAGCAUUAUCAAAACAAGAGCAGCCAGAUAAGCAGUAAGCAUGCUUAUUUAGACAGACUCGGGCCAAUAAAACUCUGCAGCAGCUUCUUCACCUUCUUCAUCACACCUUUCCGUCUCCGUCGUAUCAAACUCCUGAGUCCGCUAAAGAUCUCUUUGAUCUCUCUUGAUUCCACACAUGGCGUCCCAUCGGUGUGUGGGUAAUGCAAAGUAGUUUGCUUCAGUUUUGGCAGAGCUCACAUUUCGCAUGUUAAUUCAUUUAGCCUUGGGGGUGUUGAACAGCCAUUUUGAAGAGUGAAUGAAGCAAGACGCAGGAGUUGAGGGAAAGUCAGGAGGCAGCCAGUGCAACACAGAACCGGCAUCAACCUCUUGUGACAGCUCUCAUCGCAGAGAGGAAGAACGUGUGAUCAAAGGCACCUUACCUACCUGCUGUCUGUCUGUCAGGAGAGAGGAAUGCAGCUCUGCGUGUGCAUGUUACUGUGUGUGUGCGUGUGUGUGAGUUUUAUACUUCAGGGGGGAGAUGACAGCAUGAAAGAGAGCUCCACCGGUUUCUGUAGAGUGGAAAAAGCAUCUGAUGGAUUAAAGGGUUAUCUGUCUGUAAGCAAAAAGGAGGUAGUGAUGUAGAGGGAGAGGACAGAAAGCGGCGAGCUGUCAGGUUCGGUGCCAGUCUGAGUGCAGGAAACAGCUGAUGGUGCUCGUGACAGGAAGGAGGGUAGGCUGUGAUGGGGACAUCGGCGUAUCAAAGGACGGGGGUUUUUUGGGGAACAACAGAGCAGAAAGACAAGGACUUUUAAGAGAGAUACGAGGAAUGAUAGGAUGAAGGAGUAAUCAUGAGUGAUGAUAGUGAGUGCAACUCAAGGGGAAGUGUUUUAGCUUCGUUUAAUCCUGAAUUUUAGAGCUGGUGUUGUAACUGCUGAUGCGGAAUAAUUAUGCGUAAAACUGCAAAUGGAAAUGUCAGAGAUAAAUCCUGAGCAAAUUCAUAAUUACAAUGUCAGGUAAGAGUUUUCUCUUACAACACAAACUGCGUUGUGUUUUCAGAUAAAGGGCUUCGUUUGAAUCAUACAAGACAGAGCUGUCAACUCAUAACAGAGCUGUCACCUCGCUGUGGUUGUUCCUCCGCUCUAAUUGAUUUCCAUGUGGGAAGAAAUCAGUAUUAGAGACAAACUUAAUCACCUGAUGCCAUUUUAACUAGGCACUAGUGACUGUUUGAGGAAAAAAGGUUCAUCAGGCAGCGUUGACAAGAAAAACGGGGAUUGUAAAAUAUGUACCACCAGCAGCAGUCACCUUUGAUGUUAUAACUGAUCUGUGGUUCAAGUGCUCAGCUGAAUGAAUCCCAGAUAAUUGCGUUACAGCUGAUGGACUGAUUGGUUAAUCAUUCCCCUCUUCAGUGCUCAUUUUAUCAAUUGGAUUUGAGAACCUGCUAUUGAGAGAUGUGGAUCUGAUCAAGGGCGGGAGCAAUUUGUCUGCCCAAUGAUCUGAUGAUGCAUCGCCUGAAUAAUGUAACCUAAAAUGUGGAGUGUAAAUUACACUCAAAGGAGUCUGUUUUGGGGGGUCUCUAGUGCCUGUGACAGCUCCACCUAGAGCCAAACCAUCCUCCUUAGCAGGUUCCUUGUCUUGAAUUGAGGAGUCUUAAAUCCGUUUGGGUAUGAGCCUCAAAAAUCCAAUAUACUCCAUCAUGGUGUUGCCAGACCCAUCAGCCAGCUCAUAUUCAUCUUCGUUGGCAGGGUGGUUUGGACCUGCUGCCAUUCUCAAUGAUUUCCCUUCACUCUCAGACAUACCAGACCUAUUUAUCUGAAAAUGGGGCAGGCUCUACAGGAUGAUGAUGUGGGAGUGAUGCUCUUGUCUUUUUGUAAACAACCAUGAUGGUAACCUCUGUUGGUGGAAGGUCUGUUGAAUCUGCUGUUGCAGCUGUAUUUGUAUCUAAGAGGCACUUUUGGUGCUAAUACCCUUGUGGAAAUGGAAAUGAAUUUAACAGAUCCAGACACAUUCAUCAAGCUGAAUUAGUCACCAAGGUGAAUUGGUCUCUAGGGUGAAUGGGUCUGGUGACGUCAGGCUUGAUAUCUGGGGGCGUGUCCCAAAGGCAGCAGUGGCAAAGGUACACACUGAUUAGUAUCACUUAAACUCUCUGUCUUAACUAUCCUCUUGAAUGACAAAUAGUACGUUUACAUGAAACUCGAGAAAAACAAAUUAUAGCUUUACUAUGAUUAAGACCGGACAACUGAAGUGCAUGUAAACACCUUAGUUUGAGAACUCCAAUUGGAGUCGGAGAACUCUGAUUAAGACACCCAGAAAAUGCGAUUGUAAUUCGAUUUUCUCUACCACGUAACCAGCGUAGUUGGAGUAUGAUUGGACAAUGCAUGUGUGUGUGCACCACGCCCCCGUAACCCCGGAACAAAAACGAGAGAAGAGGAGUCGCGUGCACCUCAUCUGCAGAAAAAGUAGCGUGUACAUCAUGUACGACAAAAACAACGCUGUACGAUGCUUCAUCUUCUUGCUCGAAAAUGACCCAUAUCGCCCCCUAGUUUUGGGGAGGAGGACAUGUUCACGUCAAUAAUUCAAUUUUCUCAGCUGCAUGUAUACCCCCCCAAAAAAAUAAAUUAUGAGCCAUGAGUCCGAUUUAAAGCACUGACAGUUUUGGUUGCAAUAAAAGUGUUUGGCUCACAAGCACUAAAGAGCGGCAAAACAUAAAUCUUCUCAAUUUAAUCCCUUAAAAGCUUGAAGAGAAAAAGGUUGUUCAAAGUCAGAAGUGAGGGCACUAACAAAGGAAAAUGUGCUACACAUUAAAAAUAAAGAAAGAGACUGCCAGCCUGUUCACACGCUCUAAAGUAGUCAGAUUUAUAAAUCCUGCUUAUGGCUGGGAAAAUUGCCAAUCAUAAAUCAGGAUUUUGGAAAACAACAUUUUAAAUUGGGUGCACUGCCACCUCUGGACCCCCCUCUGGACAUGCCCCUGACUUUUUCAGUCGUGCUGUGAUUGAAAGGACAGAAACAUUUAUUUACACAAUACAAAGCUAUCAGAAUGAUGUAGCCAUUAGCCGCCUCUGCCACAGGAAGUUAGCGUGAAGCACCAGAAGAGUGCAUUUGAUAAAAGGUCUGUGAGGUUUGCUCUUACAGUCUCUCCAACAAUAGAUCCUGUCUUUAAUCAUUAAUGGCCCUAAUAGAGUUGAGCAGGAGGAAGCUCUGUGUUAUAUACCCACUGAAUGUGCAGCUCACUUUGUACUCAAACAGGGACGGAAAACUUUGAUCGCAGGCCGGCACGGCUGCAUGUGUGGCUUUCAAAGGAGGUGAGCUAACCACCUGAAUUAUGAUGUUCUUGGUGGCGAAAUGUUAGCAAACACGCUGCAUGUUUCACAACCAGCCGUUAUGAAGCUACAAUAUCUAAAAGCAAUGGAUAUGUUACAUACAGGGCUGUUUUUACAUCAGAGCGCUUAAAAUGAUAGAGGUUAAAAAAGUGUUAAUCAUAUGUCAGAAUAAAGUGCAGGCUGCCAGUUUGAUGUUUAGUGAUAAUGCAUUUAGAUUUUCUAUUUUUGGUUAUUCAGGUGCGGCUGCUUUGCUUGGAUGGAUGCAGCUGUCAUGUUUGUUUAUAUCAUCAUUUACAUUUACACAAACAAACCCACAAUAUUCAGCUUUCUCUGACAGAAAAGAGGAAGUGUUUGCUUGUUAGACAAUUUCUGAAAGCCUGUAUUAGCCUGUAAACCUUCAGUCACAGCUGGGAUUAUCUUCUCAUUAUGAGUGCUGUAGUAGAUUAAUUUAGAAAUAGUACGUUUUUACCAACGACACUGAAGCCUUAACUAAAUCUCUUGAAGUACAUAUUUGCAUUUCUAAAAGUCAAGCUCUCAAGUAAUGAAAACAAAGCUUUAAAAACAGCCAAGUACUAUGUAUGUAAUCACACUAAACAUCAUGCUGUUAUAAUAUCAUAGUGCACUAUCAUUUUGCACUUACCAGAAAAACUCUGUCUGAAAGGGGCGCGUUCAUUGUAUACAUGCAUAAAAACAUGACAUAACAGCCCAGAUGACUAACUGGCUCCCCUGCGUUGGCAUAGCAACCAGCAGAGCUCGACUGUACGCAUAAUGAUCAGCACUGGAGCAAAUCUGGACCAGUCAGGUUGGUUAAUUGAAGCUGUCUUUUUACGUUGUGCAGCUGCAAAAAAAAAAAAAAAAUUAGAGAUUUGUUUUACUGCUUGAAAAGUUCUCUGUCUUCCCUCUUUUCUGUUAGUUUUUUCUUUUUUUUUUAACUUGUAAACACAUAAUUUUGAAUGUACUUCACCCACCGUCUUGCUCUACUUCACAGUUGAAAUAUUGUGGUUUUAAUCAGCGUCUGUCCCCGCACGUCUCCUCAUAUUUGAAUGUCAUGGCCACAACAGAUGCGUCAUGUUUUCCAUUUCGUGCGUGCUCUCGGUGAAGUAGGUCAAGAGAUGGUGUCUUUGGAGAAUAAUUAGAAAGUUAAUGAAAAGCAAACUUGAUCCAGGUCAAGGUGGCACACGUACCUUCCCCUGAUCUACGUGUGAAGUGAUGUUAAAAGCUCUGUUGCACCCCUGCACAAAGGGGUUGUUUGGAUAACCCAAAAAGUAAUCCUGACUUUGGUCUAAACAUUAAGGAUCCUAACAGGCAACAUGAAGGAAAUGUCUAAAAGUACAUCAGCUGCAGGACUGAAAUACCCAACCAGUGCUCUCUGCUGGCAUGCUUAUCUCUGGUGAGGGAAGUGUUAGUUCUAUUGGAUAAAUAUUAAAGAGAGCCGGUUUUGAGGAAAGAAAAUAAAAGUCCAAAAUUGAGUUAAAAAGCUCCUAAAAACAGAUUGCAGUAAUGCGCCAUCCCCCACACAUUUAGGCACACAACCUCACAGACACGCUGAGAUUACAAGUCCUUGCCUCGGGCUUUGUUUCUCAUAUCUCAUCAUCAGUCAGCCGCUGUUACAUAACCCCUAUCUGUGUGAAUGUGUGCGCACAAAGGAAGUCCAUUUCAUUUAGACUGCACCAAAUAUUAACAGAAGUUAUCUUUUCAUGCAGAGCAGGUCUAGACUUUUCUCUGGAGGGAACACACACACUCACACAAACCCCUCUCUUUAUAUUAUUUUAUUAAAUUUAAAGUCAAAGUGAAGCUUUUUAAUAUCAAAUGUUUUCCUGUGAGCUUGCUCGCUUUGUGACAUCUGAGGAAGUGAAGCUGCAACUUCUAAUUUAUGCAUGCAGCCUGUUCCAUCUCGCUCAGAUACUCUCUAAUGUCCCGCUUUUUUCAGUCUGUUUUUAAUUAAAUAAAACAAUAGCACCAUGAUGGAAUUUGUGCGCUAAUGGAGGCUAAUAAUUGCAGUAAGUCUUGAUGCGACUUCAGAGCUUGCAAAGCUGUUUUAUUUACUCGGUUUGACUAAUUAAUAAAUUUGGCGUGCGUCUCUGAGGCUCCUCUUUCCCUUCUUUUCACUCUUGUUUUGACAGGCCACAAGCAGUUCAUUAUGCCUACUAUUUAGAAGUAGUGUAUGGUCAUUUAAAUUAGCUGAAUUUGAAAGGAUACACAAGGAAGAAAACUGUCCACAAAUAUAGUCAGGGACUGCUGAUUUAUGAGGGAUUUAGCUAUCAAGCGAUGCAGCUGCAUUCUUCAGUUUAUGGUUGAAUUUUUUUGCAGAUUUAAUGGACCAGUCAGAGCAGACUGUCUGCUGAAUCCACCUGGCUUCUUUUAAACAGACCGCAGUCUGCCUAAUCAAGCCCCCCUGCUCUCCAAACUUCAUUCAUACUGUCAGGAAUCCACACUGACAGCAGUGGUGAACCUUCCUAUAUAGGCUACCUAUAAAGCUUCUCUAAUAUAUUCCCACAGGAAGGCUUUCCACUGUAAUUUGUUGACUGCUGCAGUGGGUCUAAAGAGCAGCAAUACUCCUAAAUGCACUUAUAAACACAGGCACACAUUAAAACACACGCACACACACACACACACAUACACACACCAUCGCCUUGAGAAAGACAUAAGAGUGGUACUCAGGGAGGAAUAAUUACAGAUGGCAUUGAAUUUCCUGCUCUGCAUCGUGCACAAACAGCAUUUAGCCAAGAGGGUUUGCUUACUGCACAUGUUUAAACCGUGGCACUACUUGGCAGCAGAGUUGCAUUAUUGUGAUGUUUCUGAAUGUCUGCAGACGAGGGAGGGAGGCUUAUUGCUCAUCACUUCUUAUCCCUUCUUGAUUCAAAUUUCCUUUUUUUAAAGUAAAAAGUAACAAGUUCGUAAAGAACAAGUCUGAAAGUCUUAAAUAUCUGUAGAUAGGGCUGGACGAUAAAACAAUAAUGAUAUAUAUUGAAAAUUAAUUUCCCUCAAUAUCAAUAUAAAACAUGGUCAAUAUGCUUUUCGAUAGUCGUCAUUCUGCCAUGUUUUGGUAGACUAUACGAAUAGCCAGUGAAAAGGGAGUUUCUCUGGGUCUGCUUCGUGCUGAACCAAUCAUGUGCUGAAUUAGAACCAAGUAGCAAACAACUGCAUAGUAGCAGGCUGCAGCUUCACGCAACCAUAGCACUUUAACACGCCUGUGCAGCCAAGACAGCCAACCAUUUAGUUCGCUUUCUCUAGCGCAAUGUCUUAUCAUAGAGACACAAAGACCUCACAGAUGCAGUUGCUUAUUGUUUUGCAAAGGACAUGCUACCAGUAAGCACUGUUAAAUUUCAUUUUUUAUAUUGUGAUAUAUCGAUAUUGACUGAUAUGAAAAAAAUAUAUCAUGAUAAACUUUUGCCCAUAUCGCCCAGCCCUAGCUGUAGAUAAUUUUUGCUUCCUUUGUCCAUACGCUGCGAUUGAUACCUGAGUGUAACAAGGCAUUGCUUUGGGGUCCCUAAAAUCCAAGCUGUGUUGAAGUAAAUGCUUUGUCAUAUUAGAUGAGCCUCCUCCAUGAGAUGUCUUAGUCAUACCUGUUUUACUUUGCUGCAUCAGUAUCUUUUUUAGGAAAGCAUAGCCAAACUUGUGAUUGUUUGCCACGGCUCACCAUUAUUCUCUCCUUGCAGCUUUGUUGACACACAGCAGCACAAAUGACAUACUGUUGUGCAGACGCAGAAGGUCCAGGCAGAUGCAUGCUAUUUCUUUCAGCUUCAACCCUGAAAUCUCAGAAAUUCAGUUCAAUUGAAUACCCAAACCUACCAGACACAUGUGAAGGACGCUUGUGUCUAACAAUCUUUCCCUUGUUGACACACAGCAACUUUCAUGUGUAAGCUGACUGAUACCAGGACUCCUGGGAGCUUUCAGAUGCUCCCACUGAGAAGUUUGCUUCCUCUGUUGCCUCCCUGGCUCUGAGUGAAACUAGUUGUUGAGGAGGACAUGGUGUUUGUAUGCAUAAGUAAUUGACUGUUAGCCUGAAGAUAUGUGUAUUUACUGCAUGUUUAUGCAUGAAGUACUGCUCUGCCUGUACCUGGAGCUGUUGUAUUUGUUACAGAGAAUAGGUUGUAAUUGAAUAUUCCUCCCUGAGUCGGCUGUGAAAGCUCAUUACCUGCCCCUCUGCGCAGGAGAGUCCUGGGAGAAGGAGCAAGAGCCCUUAGGGGAAAAAAAAGAAAAAAGAGGAGGAAGAGUGAGUUCAGAGCUUGAUCCGGUCCAAAUCAGAAUUGAGGGAAAAGAAGAAAAGUGAGCUGUAGAGAUACAGAUAGAUGACUAACAGUUGGGUGUUGCUCCAUCAUGAACUGCCAGACCAGCUUCUUUCAGUGUUAUGUAACUCUGUUUUCAAGGAUUUUCUGCUGAUAUGUCACUUUCUUCUUCUGGAGGUGUGUACAACUGUCGGACUGGCAGUGUUUCAGAAAACGCUGUGAUGUCGUGCAGCAGUAGACAACAAAGUGAGGACGUUUGAGUACCGUUUUUUAUCUUCCAGGUGCCGAACUUUGACCUUGGCUUAUUCUGACGACCUUUACAACCACAUUACUAUAACACAGAGAGUCUAAUGUCCUCUCUGUGCCAAUGUGUGCUGUUGCUUUUAAACUUAAGAUGAUUGCUGUACUGUAUAUAACACUUUAGUAUGGACCUUGCGUACUCACAGAUUAGGCUUAUACCAGUACUGCUGUUGGAUUGAUAUCCUGAUACCAUUAGGACAUACAGUAUAAGAUACCUAAACUGCUAUUGCAGGGUUUCCCUUAUAUGCAAUUUAGCGUGGCGCACCACCACGGCUAGAUAAAAGGCGGUACAACAUAAAAAAUGAAUUUUUUUAUUCCGUGGUUCUUCGUCAGUCUCAUAUGGUCAAAUAAUAAUACCAGUAGAUCAAAUACCAAUACCAGUAGACCAGAAACUGAUACCAGUGAAAAUGAUACUGACAACUAGUAUAUUAAAAAAUUAUAGUGCAUAAGAAACUAGUAUCAGUAUAACAGAAAUUGAUACCAGUACAUUAGACACCAAUACCAAUAUAUCAAAAACUGAUACCAGUGUAACAGAUACUGAUACUAGUGUAUAAAAAAACUACAAACCAAUACUUGUAGAUCAAAUACAAAUACCAAUAUAUCAAAAACUGAUAUUAGUAUAACAGAUAUUGAUUCUAGCAUAAUAAAACAACUACACACCAAUACUUGUAGAUCAUAUACAAAUACCAAUGUAUCAAAAAGUGAUACUAGUAUAACAGGUACUAAUACUAGAAACUUAAACAAUUAUCGUGUAGGAGAAACAAAUGCCAGUAGAUGAACAACUAAUACCAGUAUGAUCUAUACUGAUGCUCGUAUAUAAAAAGAGAUUGUGUUGUUUGGGAUUACGGUCAUUUUGACAGGAGUCACAUGACCCAUAUAUUAUAAAAACGCAAUGCUUUGUUGUCAUGUUUUAGGGGUUGGAAGUCACUGAUGUUCACAAUAUGUGGUGUUAUUAUUGUUAUUGCAAGUCUCAAAUGAUCAAAGGUUAACCUGACGUUAUGCUCUGCUCAUGCUCGACUUGUUAUUGUUUUCUUUACUUUUUAACCUGUCAGUCGGUCUAUUAAGAUUAACUUUUUAUGCAAAUGUCAGGGAAAUUAGUCAUUUGAGACGUCAUUUCUAGGAAGGAAAUAGAAAGCUGAGGAACCAACGAAGGAUGGAAUGAAGAGAGAAGCAAAUAGAGAGAGUGAAAGAUGUGCAGGUUUGUGAUUAGAGGAAAGAGACAGAGUUUACCUUGUUUAAUUGAAGCUGGCUCAGAGCCUGUUGUUAUUCUGGCCUUGUACAUCCCUCCACUGUAAGCUGUGCAACGAGAGAGAGAGAGAGAGAGAGAGAGAGAGUGAGUGAGAGAGAGAGAGUGUGAGGGAGAGAGAGUGAAAGGUAAGGGGAGGGGGGGAUUGCUGCAAAGAGGGGAAGACAAUGCGAUGUGACACAGUAGGAAAACAGGCAGCAGGGGGGGAGGGGGGUCUAAAGCUUCCUUGUAGGUGUUAUCAGGUUAAGCCACCCACCAGUGGCUGUCUCCAUGGUGACACCAUGGUAACAACCAGGUGUUCAACUAGGAAAGAGCAGGACCUUGCUUAUGUAAAGGGGCUUCCUGCUCUCGUUAUUUCUGUCUCAGGUUCUGUGUCUGUACAGGUCUCAAGAAUAUAAAAGUACAAAUGACUUUAAAUCCCAUCGAUUCAGCCUCUUCAAACUUCUGCUUUUCUUUUCUCGCCUCAUCUUUUUUUUUCAGAUUUAUUUCAAAGUGCAAGCAAACUCUAUGAGGGACAGAAUGUGUGUCUGAGGUAACCAGUCAGUGUAAUGCAGACUAUUAUCUUUAUUUUUUUAUGGAUAAUUUAUCGGGUAAAAAUUACAAGAAACGAAAAGUUAAAUGUCAAAAUCCAGAUUCCAGCUUUAAAAAUUAAAUUUCUUUAUCUUAGUUCUUCACUCCUUAAUGACGGCUAAAAAAAAAAAAACAUUUACAUGUCUACAACAAAAAAAGACAUUUAAGGAAAUUAUCUUGCAUUAAUUAUUACAAAAAUCUAAAACGAAUCAAAUUAUGCAUAAAGAUAAUUAACAAAUUUACUACUAAUAAUAACAACAACGUGAUAGUCUCUUGACUUUCUGUAUUGCAUAUGUACAGUGUUUGUGUAUAGACAGCGGUUAUUAGAUCUCUUGUAGACUGUCUGUGUUUGGGGUCAGUGUUGAGAUCAGUGUGUGCAUGCCUCGUUUUGCAUGCUUGUGUGUACUUUGUGUGUUUGUGUGUGUGUUUAUGUUUCUGUAUUGCAUUCUUAAACCUAUAAGCUCAUUUAAUAACAGGCUUACAGAGAUCUAUGUUACAAUCCGUUGGCGUUAGCUCUGUUACAUCACUGCAGCCUCCUAUGUGUGCGAGUGUGAGCUUGUGUAUUUGUGUGUAUGUGUCCACGUGUGUCUGUGUUACUGAGGUGGGGCCUGGGGGGGUUUGUGGUGUAGAGGGCUAACAGACUCCCUGCACAUGGAAACACACUAGGAACAAUGACACACACGUGCUUGUGCCAUGCCGUCACUUCAGGCAAGACACACACUAAGCACACAAAGGCAAACACACACAGACCCCCCCACACACACCCACUCAUAUACACGGAUCUUUACCCUCGCUUUGAAAUGCAUAUAAUAAACACAUACCAAGCCGAAAUCUCAGAUCUACAGCUCAGUUUCAUGCAUUAAUAGUCCGAGAUGUAGAGUAUCUCACAGUUGUUGAGGAUAUUUGGGUGAUUUAGGGCCACAGAUACACAAAAAAAAUAGAAUACUCAACAACACACAUUUGUCUGACUCUUCUUUUGUGGCUCUCUGUCCUUGUUGCUUUUGUCUCUGCAUCCACCCUCUAAAACUUUUGUUUUAUGUGAAGACAUGCUGCAUAAAUUAGCAAGGCAGCAUCCUGUGGGCUUCUCAUUUCUAUUCUAGUGCAGGACUAUGAGCGAAUGAACCUUUCUCUCUUUUUUUUCUGACAGUAAAGGUAAAUCUUUUUGUUUUGUUGGAAGCUAACUUGCGUCUGGAUGUCCGUGUUUCUUGAGUUGUUUAACAGUGAGAACUUAAAAUGGUCUCAUUUAUAAAUAACAAUCUGACUGUGCGUGGUGUUUUAAAGCCAGAGAAUUUAAUAGUGUGAUUACAUCGAGGGAGUUAUCCUAAAGAGACAUUAAAAGUUUAAUACUCCAAUAAAGAGCCACAAAGUUAACCAUAAAAAUGCAUUACAGAAUGAAACGGUGAUCAUAAAAAUGUCAUUAAAAAUGUGGAUGGCAUUUAUCUUUGUGUAGUAUAAAUGGAAAAAAAGCUGUGCAGAUGAUCAAAUUAAAUAAAAGAUAAACAGAGGGGCAAAGGGUUACAGCGUCACAACUAAAGCUGAUGAGGUGACAAACGCUGGGCAAAACAAUGAAGAGUGAAACAGAAAAGAGGGAAGAGGAAAAAGAGGAAGUCUGAGAGACAGAUGGGAGAUGAUCCUGCAGAAGGACACUCCUUAGGGUUUUCAUAUCCUUCUCCUGUUUCCUUUUGAAUAACUGAACUCGAACCUGCUCUGAGUUUAAUGUGUUUAAAGUGACGUAUGGGGCUCAAAGUGUAAAACACUGUAUGUACUUCAUCAAUCUCACGUCCAAUUCUGUCUUGUUUUCUAUCUGUUGCAGAUAAACCUGCGACUUAUUCUAGUCAGCGGGAAGACAAAAGAGUUCCUCUUUUCCCCCAACGACUCGGCGGCAGACAUCGCCAAACACGUCUACGAUAACUGGCCAAUGGGUGAGUUCUGCAUUUUCAAACCUCAGAUUUUUACUCUGGUGGUGGUUGAGAGAGAAGCGGGAGUUAAAGAGCUUUUGCUUUAAAAUCUUUUAAAAAAGUAACAAAGUGUGGCUGUUAUAAAGCAAAAAAAAAAGUCAAAUACAAAAUAAUGUAAAGGUUUAAGUUCGACAUGAACUCGCCUGGCUUUGAACAAUUUUGUUCUCUUUGUCAACAUUUUCUGUCAAAUUUAUUCAUAAAUCACGUGGAGCAUUGCAAAACUCCCUUAAAAGAGAAAUGCUGAUAUUGUCUUUUUAUAUUUACUAUCCUGUUUUCUGCUUUGUUAUUGCGUUUCUUUUCUCUUACCUAUUUUAUGUAGGGUUCUUGUAUUGUCUGGGUUCCUUAUGACCAAUGAAAUUGGCCUUCAAUUCUGAGGCCUUGUUUUAACUGAGCUUUUGUUUUUAUUAGUUUUUAUUUCCAUGUGCUGGCAUUCUGUGCUGUAUAACUAUUUGUCAAAGCACUUUGUAAACUUCUGUUUUUAAUAAUGCUAUAGAAAUAAAGUUAUUAUUAUUAAUAUUAUCUUUAUAUUUUCUAUUUAGAGUGAAAUCUGUGCGUUUCAAUCCUGCACAAGUAAAGAAACAGGACAGCUUUUAGCAGAUGCAAGAUAUUCCCUAUUUCUCAGGCAAAAACAGACCGACUUAACAACGACAGUUUUGUUUACUGGGAGCCAAUGUUGCUUCUUUUUAUGCAGUAUGAGCUGUACGAUGUGGUGUUAAUUGAGAGGCCCUUGUGCUGUUAAGAGUAGUUAAUGCUAAAUAUGGACAUAGAUGGGUAUUUUAUAUGUGCAGGAUAUUUUCUCACUUUCUUGAUUCAAAUCGUUCAGGCCCCGUUUUGUAUUUUGUAAUGCAUCACAUUGCAUAAGCACAGCUGCAGUGUGUUUGCAUGAGCUGUAAUUGCUUACAACUCAGCUGCUAAUGCACUUGGAAAGCAGAGGAACUGACCAAGCUUGACUGUGUUUUCAUUUUCUAUAACUCCGAUAAAGGCGGAUGAGUGCUUAUAGCAGGUUUCCAGGGAGCUGAGAUCACAUUCAAACCUAUUACUAAUUACGUGCAUGUAGUUCUGCGGUGCUGUGUGGGAAGAAACAGCCUUUGGUGUUGGAUAAUAAGAGUGGACUCCUGCUUUCAGUGUGAUUAUCAUUGCAUACAGGAAUGUGGGCUCGGAGUACAGCCACCUCCUCUCUGUAAUACACCCACUCCCUAAAUGCUGCUGCUCCAAUCUCGACCUUACACCACCUUCAAAUCUGAACAGACUGUUGCCUUUUCCCACGGUGCUCCGACUGUAGCCCGCUUUAUGGGCGGCCCACAGCGCAUGAAAGACUAUAAAUUAUGCCGAUGGAUGCAGAUUCUGCUCGUCAAGAGGACGUCUGUUUUGGAAGUGCUUCGCGUUCCUCCCAGACAACAGAUCUGAACCCUGUGAGACCUGGAGCAGGCUCUCAGUCGGCAGCAACACCCUCUGCUUAGUCGGAGACAAACAUCUGGUGGCCAGACUCUGCUGCUGUCUCUGUUUUCUCUCUCAUUUAAUGCCUUCACUUUUGUCUCCAGCCGUUUCUGAGCCACACCUCAUGUUCCUCUGCGCUGAUAUUCCAUAAUGCAUCCCACAAAUCCCUCAUACACAUUUCUGCAGAGAACGAUCUGAACUAAGGGCCCCUUGAAUAUCUUACAAUACAUCAGUGUGGUUGUUGGUGGUCCUUUUUUUUACCAUGCACUGAAAGUUUAAGAUGUAAAGCUUUUUGUCUUGAACUCAGACGGGAUAACAAUCAUCUCCAAAAUAGCCUGUUUUUGUUUUUUAACCUUUCCUUACAUGUUUUUCUUUAAAUUAUUAUUUUUGGGCCAUUUUGCCUUUUAUUGAUAGGACAGGGUGAAAUGUAGGGAGAUAGAGAGAGAUUGGGGAGGACUCCAGCACACGGUCGGAACAAGGCUCAAGCCCACGACUGCUGCAGGGACCGUGGUCCCCAUACAUGGGGCCCGCUAACCUGCUCAGCCAUCUGCGCACCCCUCCUUACAUUUUUUUAUCCAAAACUGACCAUACAAACUGUGAAUUUUCAAAACAAGUUAUGGAGUGUUAAAAAGGUUGUGUAAUGCAGUUGCUGCCCGUGCAAUUUCUCUGAUAUUAUUAUUAUUAUUAUUAUUAUUAUUUAUUUUUUUAUUCUUUUUUUAAUUUUUAUUAUUAUUAUAUUUUUAUUUAUUUAUUUAUUUACUUUCUUACUUACUUACUUACUUAUCUAUUAUUAUUAUUAUUAUUAUUUUUGUUUUAUUUGUAUUUAUAUUUUUUUAUUAAUAACGAUAUUUAUUAAUCUAUUUGUUUAUUUUUUAUUAUUUUUUAUUUAUUUACUUAUUAUUAUUAUUAUUAUUACUAUUAUUAUUUAUUUUUAUUUUCUUUUUUUUUAUUUACAAGGUUUGAACUCAAAUUGAGCUAAAAGAAAUAAUGAGGAUAUUGAGAAAAAUAUUCUUACGAGCAAACUCUUAAUGGGAAAACAAACAGUUUUAAACAUUUCUCUCUCUGUUUUUAUUUCUGUCUUUAACCCUUUAUUUCCUUUUAUUUCUCCUGUUUUUUUCUUUCAGAUUGGGAGGAAGAGCAGGUAAGCAGUCCCAACAUCCUGAGGCUGAUCUACCAGGGCCGUUUUCUACACGGCAACGUAACACUAGGAGGUGAGAAAACACAGACUGUAUUUUUAAAAAAACCCUUACGUGCUCAUAGACAUGCAUGCAAACUCACAGCAGUGUGUUGCUGGAAAGUUCUUUGCUGUUCUCAUCCCUUUCCUGCGCCACAGAACAGAGGUACCUCAGUGCUCCGGACAAGCCUGCUUUGACUGAGAGAGAGGGAGGAGAGAGGAAAUAGAGAAAAAGAGAGGAAAGAGAGUGGUCAGGAAAAGGGCAAGACUGGCGGUGGCAGUAGCAGCACAAUGAAGAGACAGAAAGGCAGUGGGGGGCCGGACGGGGGGAUGUCUUUUUUUAAGGCAACCCACUUCACUUCUCCUUUGGCUUUCAGGCUUUUUAGUAAACUCAGCCCAAUUUAUAAUUGACUGGGGUUUUGGGGGUUUAAAGCCUUUUACACUCAUCUCAUUCCUGCCAUCUAUCUGAUAAUUCCCUUAACACUUGUUUAAUGUGUUUGCAGACUGACACAAAAUCCUCUUUGAGACAGGCCAAAACUCCUUCUAAUUCUCCUGUCAUACACAGUAGUUGCUAACAGUAAUUGUGUGUGGUGUUAAAUUUAUAUUUUAUCUGAGAUAUUUACAGGAACUUAAAAAGUGGGAGGGAGCACAGUGGUUGUAGUGUGGAAAUAAACAUGAAGUGCUAAUUUGGGAAGAACUAUCCGCUCUCUGUAUAUUAUAGAUAUUAAAUUACUGCUACUUAGAAAAGAAAUAUUUAUUUAAAUAUUAAUUGAGAUGAACUUUAACAGCACACAUGGUUAUAAUCUGUAAUUUCAUAAAAAAUGCAAUGUUUAGAGCUGCAGUUUUACAGUCACUAUUAUGUCCGACUGUUAGCUAAUUAUCGUCUAAUGUUGCUCGUUCCUCUCUUGAUUGUAGCUUGAUGGCGCAGAAUAUUUAACUGUUACAGAGAGCUGAUUCAAAAGGCUACUGGUGGUUAAUGACUUUGCCCAGACACAUACUGUAGCUCACUGAAUAACCUUUACAUCCUUCCUUCCUUUCUCUCUGUAUCUCUCUUUCUUUCUCUCUCUCUCUCUCCUCUGCCAGCUCUCAAACUGCCCUUGGGGAAGACCACAGUGAUGCAUUUAGUUGCCAGAGAGACUUUGCCUGAGCCAAAUUCCCAAGGUAACCAGCUCCCCGUCUCUUUCUUCCCUUUCAGCGGACCUUUCACAUGCCAGACUUUAAACGUUCUGCUCCCAGCCGUUAUUUAUUUCUGCGCAUAGCUUCUGUUUUAGAACAUCAACUGGUGCAAAUAAUUGGCUUACUUUUAAGUGUUUCCCUAAGAUACAGCAUGAAGUGCAGAAUAUACAACUGGCUACUUCAUUAGCAACACCAUGCGAGUACUUGCUCUGACCUUGCCUGUCUUUAGUUCCCUUAAUUCUUUAAGUGAUUUUUACACAUUCAAAAGGUGAUAAACAGUUCCUCAAGAGUUUGGUCCUUAAUGGGAUCAUAUCAUCAAGCAUUUGUUAUAGAUCUGGGGCAAGUUUCCUCUUCAAAUCCAGCCCAAAGGAGCUCUGUUAGAGCUGAACCCAAACCCAGUUUACAUAUUUUUUAGGCAUUUAUGUAUCAACUGACUCUACUCUAUAAUAAUUUCUAUACAUGUCAGGGCUUGACACUAACUAAUUAGUCGACCUUAGUACUAUUAUUUGAAAUCAAUUUUAGGUCAAUUGGUCACAUGACAUGGAAGCUAUUGAAGGAAAACAGCCUCUUUUGAGAACAUCAACCAGUAAUUUAUUGAUGGUCCCUUAUUCAACACCCGACGUUGACAGCGAGAGUGUCGAGUAGAUUUAGCCACGCUGCUGUUGCUACUCCUAGUUAUGUCAGUGAGAAGAAACUGGUUGAUUCGCAGUGAAUGUCAUCGAACAUUCAACCUAAAACUAACUUCACCGCGGUAUUUACAUGAAUAAACAUUUGUUGCCUCGGCUAAUUUUUUUUAUGCGCAUAUGUUCCCCCAAAUACAUUUUACAAUCCGCACACAGCAUGUCUCUGCAAAACCUGCAUUUCAGUCUCUUAUGUUCAUAUAAAUAACUCACCAAAACAAUACAAAUCACAGCAUAUCAGAGAAAUCAUUGUAACUGUGUGAAAUAUUGAACCUGUGUGCCACACUUUGAAGCAGCUGCUUAGACCUGAGUGUGAUGUAAUUAACAUCCCCAAAUGCUGAUCUGAUAUACAGAUAUACCUAUAGAUAUGUAUGUAAAGAUAAUCUUAUUUUUGGCCAUGUAGAGUCUGUUAUUGCUGGAUGACGAUGUUUAUGCUGGCUUGUGUGUGUUUCCAGGUCAGAGGAAUAGAGAGAAGACUGGGGAGAGUAACUGCUGUGUCAUCCUGUAAAUAAACACCUCUCUCGCCGGCCCUCCAUCCUCCUUCAUUAUCCGUUCUUACCCCCAUCAUCCUGGACCUUAGAGCUCAUCCCCUGUCCUGGAGCCUGUCCACAGUGCGGAUAUGCAUACAGACAUACACACACAGACACAGACACGCACACACACUUCUUCUUGCAUUCUUUUUUAACCCCCCCUCAAACUCACACUUACAUAGAGAGACAGCAGCAGGCUGGAGCUGAUUCAGGAACAGAUUCAGGAGCAGGAGAUUAAUUAACGACAGAGUUGAUUCUGUUUUUGUACUUGAUGUGUCGUCAUAACUGAAAAUAAGAGGAAGGAACUGGACUUGUGCAUGUAUUUUUUUCCUUGAUUCUUUUUUUUCUCAAUGCACACCUUGUUAAGCCUUCUGCCACACUCCUUCACAUACACACACCCACCAACACACAAACCCUGUCCAGCCAUCCUCAGCAGGUCUGUUAAAAGUCAGUCUCUAACCGGCUCCUCAUCCUCCAGCUGGUUGUCAUAGUAAUGCAGUGCCCAAGUUUGUGUGUGUGGCCUUGUUUUCUCAUACGGACUGCUGAGAAUUUUAACCACUAACAUCUCAACAACAACAACAACACACACAUACACAUACACUGUGACAUCCUGUCCACACAUCCAACCGUAUGUGCUUGUGUGAUCUCCCUCGGUGCAGCAGAUGAAGCUUAGACGUGCCUGAUCAGAUAUCUCAAACCACGACACACAAGCAUUCUCAUACAGUAAAUACUCAUACUGAAAAUACACACACACAGACACAAACCUGUGUCCUUUUUACUGCCCCCUUCUGCGUGUGCCCUUAAAAGUCACAAGGGAGAAACAACUCUGUUCGCAGAGCGCUGUAGAGACAGCACACAUGCCGCUCUUUCAGUCAUCAUAUUUUUGCCAAACGAAGCCUAACAAACAAACAAUUACACGAACAAACCGUUGUCUGCGGUCUUGUUCGGGUUAUUUGUUUGUCCAUGAUUUUGUGACUGUGUUUUUGACAGUCCAUGCAUUUUACUGGCCGAGCAGUGUUGUGAUUAAAAAGACGUCCUAUCAGUUUUCUUCCCCUUCCCUCCUUCCUUUUAGGACAGCCUCCUGUAAUCCUCCUUUUUUUGUUAACAGUGUUGUGAAGGAUCUCUCUCGACAAUUACUGUCCAAGCAGGGAAAUUAACUCGGGAUGAAAAUGUUCCUCAUUUGUCUUAAUUUGCUCUCCUUAAUCCUCUCUUUGCAUUAACAAAUCCAUUUUGCACAACUGAAGCAUGUGCUCCUUCAUCAGAUUAAUAAAACUGUAUAAAGGUUUUAUUGUUUUAUUUUAUAUUUUUCCAAUGGAAGUAAUGUUCCAAACAAACCAAGGUAACGUGUAGAAUAUAUUUAAUAUGAAUCUUAUAUAGAACAUGAUGACUCUAGAUCUUGUUGCUAUACAGUAUAUUGGUGUGUAGUCUAUGAUUGUGUAUACGGUUAGCUUCUAGCCUGUUCACAGUCACUCGCUGACAAUGUCUUGUGCUUAACAGCAGCAAAAAAAAUUCCCUUAUCAUCAACAGACUGUAUUUUUAUUUUCUUCUGUGCUCUUUUACUAUUAUUUUUUCAUUUGUUUAUAAUUUAAUGUAAUCCUUCUUUUGUGGGUUUUCUUUUUUUUUGCUCUCAAGAAUCGCUUUGUAACAGCACUAGGUCUUAAAAAAAGAAAUAUUGUUUAUAUUGAUCAGGGUUCAAAUCUGUACAGAGAUAAACGUUUUCAAACCAAUUGUAAAUAGCACUAAUACCCCCUCUACCCCCUCCAAACUUCAAAAUGGAAUACAUCUGUAAACUAAAUAAAGGUUAUUGAAGUGCACUGCUUCCUUUUGUCAUGACUCCUCACACAUAAGUCAUAAAACUCUCACGUGUCACUUGAUUUUUACAGCAUUUUAUUGUUUUCUAGCUGUGAAGUGAUGUUCUGGGUUGGGCAUUUCUUGAUUGUACAGCACAUGUUCAACUACCUGAUGACUUAGUGGAAGGAAAUUAUAAAUGAUUCUUGACAGUCUGUGUGGGGACUGCAGAUUUUCUUAACAUUAGUAAGUUAACAGGUUUCAAUUGGAGUUAUGGAGUAUUUUAAUUUCUUAAUUAUAGACAAAACAACAAUUGUGAGUAGGACUGGGUGAUAAAACAAUAACGAUAUAUGUAGCAAAUUAACUUCUUUCAAUAUCAGUAUAAAACAUGGUCAAUAUCCUUUUGGCUAGUCGGCAUUCUGCAAUGUUUUGAUAGACUAUAUGGAAAGGGAAGUUGCUCCAGGUUCGCUUCACGCUGAAUCAAUCGUGCUGAAUUAUAACCAAGUAGCAAACAACUGCGUAGUAGCAGGCUGCAGCUACACGCAACCAUAGCAUUUUGACACAUGAAACCGACAGAACUGUCGGUGAGAAAGAAAUAAAAUGAGUGCUACCCCCUGGCAGAAAUGUAGAUGAAGGCUCAACAGAUGACGACAUUGUCGACAACACUGACACAAAAACGUCGGUGGUGUGGAGGUAUUUUGUUUUUUUUUUGAGGUCCGACAUGAAGCAGAGUAACUGCAAAUUAUGUGGAGAACAUGUUCUUGCAAAGUCGGGGAAUACCUAAAAUCUUUUUCACCACCUGAAGCUGCUUUCUCUAGCGCAACGCCUUAUGACAAAACGCUGAAGAGACACAAAGACCUCACAGAUGCGGGAUCUUACUGUAUUGCAAAAGACAUGCUACCGAUAAGCACUGUUAAAUUUCAAACAGUAGGUGCUUACCUUACUUUGUUGAUAUCCUUUUAGGAGGGUUAUCAACAAUAGUCGCAUCUUCUACUAACUUGUAAUUAGGGUUGGGCAUCGAGUCUCGAGCAUCGAUGGGGACUGGGAUUAACAUUACCGAGACGUCCCGGAAUCGUCCCAGAAUCGUCCAAGUUUUAAAAUCUUAAUUGCAAGUUCCGAUGUUGGAGGUGAUAUUUUUGGAAGGAUGGUAGGGGAAAGUCCCACCUCCUUUGCCUCUGACUGGCUAGAAAAGCUGGAACGGGGGCUGUUGGCUCUGAACAUCGAACAGAACAUUACAGAACAUUAUCGCACUUUUGAAUCUCCUAACCCUAACCCGACACACAAUGACAUUUCACAGCCAUAAGGAAUAACCAAUCAAAGCCCAGCACUUCUAGCCAAUCAGAGGCGAAAGAGGGCGGGACCUUCCCCUACCACUUACAAAAAUUUUCGCAUGCUGGAGUCCACCGACCGGAAGAAAUAGCCGCCGAACACCAACGAAGAGAACGCCGCUGAACACCAACGAGGACGAUGCGUGUGAGACAAAACCACACACACACAGAGAAGAGAAAGAGAGAGCGUUUGGCUAACUUUAGCAGGAAGAAUGAACUCUUAUCUCCGUAGCAUUAGCAUCUCAUUAGCAACACAGUUAUAUCAUACAAAGGAAGGUACACGACCAACAUGAUUAAACACCUCAGGAUUCAUGGAGGAGAAAUACCUGAGUGCCCGUCUUUGACGCGCUUCGCCGGUCUUCCGCUUACCAGCCAAAGUCAGAUAAGUAAAACAAUAAAUUACUUGAGUCUUCUGCUAACUUUGAAGCGGCAAACAAAUUGUACUGUGUACGGUGGGUCAACUUUGUUAGCUAACGUUAGCCCUCGUACUUUUUCAUAGACAAACGACCUGACAACAAAAUUGAUAUUUAUAUACUGGUUGAAAACAGCCCUGAGAGAAAUUCAUAGUAAACUUCUCUAUAAAGUUAAUAUAAUUCAAAAAUUCAUGGAGAAGUUCAGAAAUUUCAUUGAACAGAAGAACUCUUAUUUAAACCAUGCAUUAUUUUUUAAAUGUCCCGCCUUUUAAAAGAAUCGGAAUCGAAACGAGGAAUCAGAACCGGAAUCGUUCAAAAUCAAACGAUAUCCAACCCUACUUGUAAUACACUCAAAAUUAAAAAAUGUUUAUUCUUAAAGGUGACUUCACACAGCAGCAGCAUUUAAAUCCACUGAACUUAAUUCUUCGAGGCUUUACAAAGAGGUUGUACAGUCCGUGUACUUAUGACACUACAGAAAAGGGUUAUGUUAUUACAAAGACAGCUUUUGACGAGGAGGUGAAGGACUGGAUCAUUCUUUAAAAUGUCAGUACAGUACAGUACAGUGAUGUUAUGAUUUUCUUCAAGUUAUUUUUAAGAAUGACUCCUCUAUGUGCAGAUUUUCCUCCUCUCCUCCCUGUAUUUAUGCUGUGUCCACACAGCGACUGUAAUGUGGGCCACAUAUUCCACAUGAAUGUGACUAUUCUUCUGUUAUUUACACACAGAAACACACAGAAAGAGUCUGUGUGCAGACAGAGAAGAUUAUGGUUACAGUAGUACCACUCUGGACCACAUGUUUUGUUUAUAUGACAUGAAACCACUCAGGAUUGCUUCUUAACAAAAGAGGAGUCCCUGCAUAUGGACUAAUUGUUGCCUGAAAGGUAGUGCGAGUCCUUUUAAGUAUCACCAAGUGUGGCAUUUAUACAGUGAGAUUUAAAUGUGUGAAUAAACUGAGAGAGGUAAUUACACGACAACAGCAGGGUGUAGAAUAAAUGAGACAGUCGGGGUGAGCUCCAGCAGACUGGGUUAUACAGGAGGAUUUUCAAAGUAAAGCAGAAUCUACCAAACAUUAUGAAAAGUAUUGCAAGAUAUGAUCUUCUUUGCUCAGUAUGUGGUGUGAAAUGUUGGAGGAGGAUGCCAUCUGCUGGCAGAGAAAUAUACAGCACUCAUUCGCCUUCAGGUGAAACUCAGGGACCAUUUUCUCAUUAGCUAGUCUAAAUGUACAAAGAGGUGGAAGAUGCAGCAGAUGCAUGAGCUCAAAUUGAUAAUUCCCACAGUUACACAGUUCUGGUCUUAGAUGGCUGAUUUACAGUUUUCUCUGUUUGCCUUUUUGUUUUGUUGACUAAUUCAGGUGGGAUGACCAAACCUCUAGAAAUCAGCUGACAGACAAUGGGAGCACAGAUGGGUCACAGUAAGUAGGAUGUGAAUUUGAUUACUGCCAGGGGCCUUCUCAUGUAGAGCCAGAAAGUCCUGGAUCCUACUACUGGGGGGACAGAGCAAGUAUUUAAAUCAUCAUGAUCUGCCAGAAAGCAGACAAGCCUGUCCAAGAAAAUCUUGCAUGGUAGCACUGAAGAUUGGCAGUAACAAUAAAUAGAUCCUGGAUUCAAAGCGCCAUUACUCACCCCCUCUUAGGCUUGUAUGGCCUCGAUCUUACCAACAUGGUCUUAACUCUGCUUUUGAUUCAACACAGUGUAAUGGAAAGCAAAUAAACCUAUACGUAGUGCUGGGCGAUAGGACGAUAGAUAUCGUGGGCACGAUAGAAAAUGUCUAUCGUGCCAUUUUUAUUUUUAUCGUUUCGGGCGAUAGGCUGUAUUUUAUCCAUAGGGCUUGUGCCAUCAGAUGAUUCAUAGUAACAACAACAAUAAUUGCACAUUCAGUAAGUGUAUUUGGUGUCGAACGGGAAAGAAAACAACAUUUUCUUACAAAGAAAAGGAUGCGUUGACAUGUAGGCUUGCAUUUCUCUUUCGAUUUUGCGACACGACGCCGCUUUACGUGCCCUCUUCGUGUCCAGCGUCUGCCGCCGUUGCGGGUUACCUGGGUUACACACGUGAGGGGAUCAUUGUAAGCAGUGCUUAAUUUGUGCCGGAGCAAGUCGGAGCGCGAUCCGGGACCUCUUUUGAUCGGAUCCGGGACCUAUUUCAGCCGUUCCGGCACCUGUUUCAUCUGCUCCGGGACCUUCCCUGUAAAGGAUGACAUUUUUCGGGAAUUCCCGUGGGUCACGUGAUUCCCGCGGGAAUCCCACGGGAUGGGAGUCAUUUUUAAAUAACCCCUUGAUCGGGACGGGACGGGAAAAAAAGCAACGGGAGUGGGCAGGAGCGGGAACAACAUUAAAAGAUGAUCAUUUUCAGCCGUGUUUAACAACCAGAUGAACAGGUGCGUCCAUUUUUGUAGUCAUCUCUCAGUGAGAGCCAACACUCUUGACCGCGCUAGCAACACAAAAGAACUACAACAGUGGUUUGACUUCCUGUCAGCUGGGAGCGCGGCUGCGCAUUUGUACUCUUCAAGCCAGCAGCGAGGAAACGUAAUUUUGUGACAUUCUGUAGUUUUUCAAUCAUUUCUGGAGUCGUGGCGAAUCAAAUCACCUUACCUGUCUGCCCCGGAUAGGCGAAUAAAGCGCUCGGAUUCAUGAUCGGGUCUUGCUACGUGCUUCAAGAGUAAAGUAAACAAUGAUGGAGGCAGAGAGCAGCUUUGGAGGAGAAACAUCUAGCAGUGUGAACAACCUCUUCAGAAGAGCCUACCUUUUUUUUUUAAUAAAGCCUUUGGUUAGUUUUCCUCUAUGCUUUAUGCUUUUACUACCUUGCCUCUUACAUUGCAACUCUAUAUUUUUUAUUUUUUUAAAUUCUUUUUUUAUGCCAAUCUGUGACUGUCAUUCUAUUGCUUUUUUUAUUGUUGCUGCUCUCUUUUUACUGUGUACUGUAGCACUUUGAGAUUUUUUGUAAAUGUAAAGCGCAUUACAAAUUAAAUUUAUUAUUAUUAUUAUUAUUAUUAUUAUUAUUAUUAUUAUGAUGGAGUGCUUUGGCUCACACUAUCGGCGUUUUCUGUGAGUGUUGCAUAACUUUGGGUGAGCACAGACAUGAACGCACUUCAGCCACGUAUUUAUUAAUUUUUCUAGUUUUAAGUGCUGGUCUUGUACUGGUACUGUACUAGUGCAGCUGUAUACACUUAAAUUUUUCAUAGAACUGAAAGCAUACCAUAGCUAUAUCGUGAUAUAUAUCGUUAUCGUGAUAUAAAAUGAUCCAUAUCGUGAUAUACAUUUUUUUCCAUAUCGCCCAGCACUACCUAUACGCACUGAUUCCUUGUGCCUAGCAGGGUUUGGGUUCAAAUCCUCACCUUCCCUGUGUAGCGAGUGCUUCUUGUUUACAACAAGGAGGUUGAAGUCUUAAUCCAGUUCUGGGGUUUGAACUAGGUGACUGCCUUUCACUUCAGCCAAGACCAAAAUUUUUUAAAUUACCAUGACAAAUUAGAGAUUUCAUCAACCUUGGCAGGCCGGUGGUGUUGGGUUUAGAACUGCUGCCUUACAACUAAAGAGUUGUAAUCCCAGACACAGGUUUUUAGGACUGCCACCUUUGAGUGCAGUGGUAUUGGGUGCUUUUCAGCAGUUAUAUUGAUGUUUUGAAAUCAAGUAAACAAAAUACAACUGUACAACCAGCCAGGCCUGUGGUGUGCUGGUUAGAGCUGCACGCUAAGAGUCAAAUAGAUGUUGGCUCAAAUCCCAUUCAGGGAUUUUUUUCAUGACUUACUUUUACCUGAAACAAUUUGUUUUGUAGUCCAAACACAGCUCUUUAGGAGCCGUAAAAAAAAAAAAGAAAGAUUGGAAAUGAGAGGGUAAGAUAUUGUAAAUUUUUCUUUUUCCUGCUUCCACUGGUUCUUGGUCAGUGUGUAAGUUAUUUUGAGAAAAAGUGUACAAUAUAAACUGUGGUAGCAAACACUUUGAACUUUGAACUCUGGUUCACACUCCAACACAGUAGGUGGCGAUAAUGGACUAAAAGCCACACAACUGCAACUGAAGAAGAAAAACUUUGGUACCAUGGAUUGUAGGAGAUAGUUUGAAAGAAAGACUGGUCUGCUGAAUGCUAGGAAUUUUUUUUUUCAUCAGUCCUACAUCCGGGUAUUCUCGCAUACUUCAGAUUUUGCUGUUGCACACUACCUUCUUCAUUUUGACAGUAUCAGUAUGUAUUAGGGGUGGAACGGUUCACAAAAUCCACGGUUCGGUUCGUAUCAUGGUUUUGUGGUCACGGUUUUCGGUUCGGUUCAGUAUACAUUAACUGUUACAAAAAUCAAUUGCGUCUUGUAUAGUAAACUGAAAGAAUGAGGCAGUCUGACAUUCAAUACAUCAUUGUGACAGUCUUAGGUUCAAAGGUAGGUCAGAUUCUGGCAGUGCAAGAGAGGAGACAUAGUUCAAACAUGCUUUACAUUUAUUUGGCAAAGGAUAUCUCUAUCUAUCUAAACAAAAAGUAAAAUGGCUCUUAUAGCUCUGACCCUUGAAUUAGUGAAUACAAAAGAAUUUAACUUUACUAUUUUACAAACAACAUUAUAUACCAUCAACAUAAAGUGAAGCAUAGGCUCUAUCAGCACUAGACUUGUGCCCUUUUAAAAUCAACACAAAAACAUUUUCUCGUAACAUGUAACAACUCCCUGAUUAUUAGUUGUUAAUGAAAAGCUCAGUAUUUUUCACUUGAAAUUGAAGUGCAGUGAAGUGUGUGAAAUACAAUCAAAGAAAUCAGGCUGUAGUUUUGAUCAAACUUUAAGUGUCACUGUGUUAUCUAAAGUCUAAACAAAAUGAAAUAAAUAAUCCAAAUUAAGAGGUCAUCAAUAUAAAAUGCAGCAUAAACCAAAUUUAACAGAUCCUGCGCUCUCCUGCACUCUCUCACACAACUCUGCUCAUCGUAUUAUCAUGUUCUUCUGCAAGAAGAUCAGUUUGUCCACAUUCUCUGCCAAGAGACGAGAUCUACUUGCAGUGACAAUGUCCCCUCAUCUCCCACUCUGAGGUAAUGUAAUGGACAGUCACAGUCAGGAAACUUUCAGUUGCCCCGGAGGUCCAUCCAUCGGUAGUAAGAGCAACAUAGGCUGUGUCAGACAGUUCUUUCACAAUUCCCCGUCGGAUCUUUUCAUAAAGUGCGGGAAUUACCGAGCCGCUCAAGUGUUUGCGGGAGGGGAUCUUAUAUCGCGGCUCGAGCGCCUUUAUCAUGCACUGAAAUCCCGCACCCUCAACCACGGUGUAAGGUUGCUUAUCUUUGGCGAUGAAACACCCCAAUGCCUUUGUUAUGCCCUUCGCCCUGUCCGACUCGUCAUUGUACGGCUGUUUAAAAGCUGCGAGGAGAAGAAGUUGUGCAGGGUUGCCCCUCCUUGCGCUGUCAACAGCCACACUGGGAUGAUGUCUCCGUAAAUGAACUGACAUGUUAGAUGUGUUCCCGUUAGCAUAAGCAAUGCGUGUUGCACAGUACUUGCACACUGUCGCACUUUUAUCCACAACUUUCUUACCGCCUUCAUAGUUCACCCUGAACGCAAAAUGCUCCCAUACACCAGACCUAUAUAACGCUGGUGGCGCAUCCUCCAGCCCCGAGUCUUCUCCGCUCGCCAUGUUCACAGCUCCUCUACAACUAAUUUCUGGGACACACUCAUAGUUGCGCAUGUGUAUGACCCGAACGGGAUGCAAGCGCACCGAACCGGGACGGUCGAACCGAACGGUUCAGUUCGGUUUCUUAAACCGUUCCAUCCCUAGUAUGUAUAGCCUGUAUGAUCAACAUUUUUGAAGAUAGCUGCAGUCUCUAUGAUAUCAAUUAUUUGUUUCUGAAGAGACGUUAAGUCAAAAAAAAAAGGCCUGAGUGGAGCUGAGGCAGGCUAGUAACCUCCAGGCCACUUCAUCAGCCCAGUGUCCAUUCAUCAUUUCUACAGACCAAAAUAGUAAAAUGUAAUUUUGUCUUAUGUACACAUUUGUUUUGAGACAUUUCAUUGAGAUGUUAAGGUAUUAUUGUAUGUUGGAAACAAACCUAAAGAGUAAAUUUUAGUGGUGUUGUUAGCGAUGAUAAUGCAUGUUCUCUUGGCCUGUUCCACUUGUUUACUGACUUUGAAACUGUGAAAUGAUUUUUGUCAUUUUGUCAUUCUGAAAGUUCAGAAAGUGUCUCUUUCUUUCACCCUUCUCUGUAGAGUCUUUAAAGAGUUUUUCUUGUAUCUUUCAUGUUGUAAACAUUUGUGCGUGCUUCUGUUUGUAUGUGCGAGUCUGGAGCCCUCUCAGGAUCAAUUAGUCAGUUUGGUUAAACAGUUUCAAGUAGGACUGUCAUCCUCAGGGAAUCAGUCUGAUGUGAGGAGAAAAACAGAUCAUAACCCUCUGAGAGUGGCUCUCUGGUAGUAGUCUCCUGACAAACCUGUUUGUAAUGGAGUAACUUGGAGAGGUAAAGUUAAUUUCAUGAUCUAUGAUGAGGCCUUCAUUUGAAACAAAUACUUUCAUGACAACUAACACCAUUAAUAAUAGCAUAGUGUAAGUAUAACUGUGGCAGCCACAAUAACAAAUGCAGCUCUGAAUUUAGCUUUCAUCAACUCUGCUGUUACCUGAAGUUGAAUUUAUGUUUACUACUACUCCCAAGUUAUACUGCUUCUCCAGCUAUAAGUACUUAAAUAAUAAAUACAGCAGGGCUCACUUAGAAAUCAGUCAUUUUGCAACCUUCCUCAUCUUCUUACAGUGGAAACCUGAAUAAUUGCUUACCGUACUGAACUGAACUGAACUGGACCACCUGAUGGAAACACAGCUCAAGUUGUCAAAUCAAUUCAGUCAAGGUGGUUCAUCUCCCUGGAGCCUAAUUUGUGCAUUAAGAAAUCAAAAUGAACUAUUCCCCGCAGGCCGGGUUGAAUCCUUCCUUUUUCCUCGUAGUUGUACUUUUUCAGAGAUCUCCCUCUCUGUGGGAGAAUCUGUUAUUUACCCAGGGAGGUCAUUUUGCUCACAUGUCAACAAAACUCCAAUAUUAAUCCCCCAUGGCUCAUAUAUAAAUACACUGUACAUCAUGUAAUAGCUUGAGUUCAGUUGAUCCAAAGCCCUGGAGUGUUAAUAAUCUCUUGAGAAGGCUGUGCUAUUGUUUUGGGCUCAGACUGGGAUAAAUUAAAUUAGUAAGAAUCUGUGUGUGUCCCAGGAAUUUAGAGUGUGUGUUUUUUAAUAAAAGUAGUAGGGUCAUAUUAGGUCAGAGUUGGUCUUUUUUUUGCACUGAUGAGGCAGGGAACCUUUAGCAAAUCAUGUGCAGAGGUUGAUAGUUCUAAGUAUGUGUUGGUGCAAGAGAUAUAGUACCUUGCUCUUUGUUUGCACCUGAAAGAACUAAAGGUUGAAAAGAGGUUACGAUAUCUGUAGCGUUAUGUUGUCUGAAGUUGCCACAAAACCAAACGAGUUUCAAACCGCCGACAAGACUGUGCCUUUUCCAGGAAAACAACCUUUUAUCACAAUGGCAGCUGUGUCAUUGCUGUGUUUGCUUAUGCAGGAAGCAACCAUUGGAGAAAGUGGGCAGUGAAGCAGUGGGAGAGGUCAAAAAGACAUCUAGAUUUUAAUUUUGAAAAAUGUUCAACCACAAAUACAAACUGAUCACUAAAAAUGACAUAUCGCCAAGCUCUAAACUUGCUAUCCUCUUUCAAAAAAUGGUUCCCAUUCCCAGUCAAAUACACAAGUUAACAUAAAGUUGCUAACUGUUGCAACACCCCUCCAAACUUCAAGUGGAAACACACACCCACACCCUCUUUCUUUCCCAACUGCCUCCUGCAUUUUGGGACUCAGUGUAUUUUUUUUCAACUGAUGUGUCAUCAUCCAAAGUGAGCAGUGUAAACAAACAGCUAAUUAACAGCCUCAUUAGGUAGAGCUGUUUCAGCUCUCAGCAAGGGAGUAAAGAGAAGUUCAGGUAUGAACUUAUGGUAACGUAGUUUAACUCUGAUUGAAGAAAGUAAAUCUUCAAGUUUCUUUCCUUUAAAGAAGUAAGUAAGUAGGUAGUAAUGGGCCUGAAACAGGCAAGAUCGGGAUCAUGUUUUGGUGAUAUCUUAGCAGGAAUUGUAUACAGCCACAAUUAUGGUUAUGAUGAUAUUUAUAUAUCACAUGAAAUUACAGAAAAUUAAGAAAAUGAAUCAGUAGUUGACAUGUUUUCAUAGUCAGUGUGCAGAAUAUGGCUACUGCAGUUUAAUUGGAGUUUAUGCCACAUACAUGGUCUAUGUGCCAUUUUCAAAGUAAAGGCCCCCAAGAGUAGUUGAUGAGCUUGGGGAUAAAUGACAAAUAAAAGGCCAAGAGUUAGAAAAAAUACAAAGGGAAAGACGAUUUACUUGGUUUUGAUCUUUUAUUGGAUUUGUUGACAAUAUCUUAUUGCCAAUGUGAGCUGUUUCUUAAUGCCAGUUCAAAUAGAUAUACUGCUCAAAGUCUAAAAAGGUCAAAGUGUGUAUUUCAGCCUUGGUGUUUGAAGUAUGUUUCAACAAAAGCAUGUAAAGCUGAAUUUGGGAUGAAUUGAGAAUAUCUUCAGCUUGACAGUCCCUUAAACAAUUAGGAGCAAUCUCAAACAACAGGAUGGUUAAAAUCUGCUUCAAACUAAGUACAACAAACUUAAGACAAAAGUGUGGUGAAGCCAUGUGCUUGGAUUCGAUAGCCCCAGGGGUUGGACUGAUACCUUUUUUGGCAUCAACUUAGGACUACUUCUCUCAUUGGCUACUCUGAUUUAACUAAUGAUGGUAAGAUAAAGCUUUGUCAUCAGACCAAGCACAAUAGAAGAGGAUACUCACGCUAAAGAAGACAAUCUAAUUCUACCACUUCACUGAGGUGCGACAAUGAACUUAUUCAACUCUGCUCUGGGGAAGAACAUCACUUUUGUGCAUCCUGCAUAUUUCAUAAUAAGUGGGUUUUCUGGCAUUCCUAAUAUCAAGUAUUACUAUGUCUUUCUCUUUUUUGUUUACAUCAUGUCAGUGAUAGGAAACACAGUUGUGAUGGCUGUAAUACAUCUGGAUCACAGUUUGAGAACUCCAAAAUAUGUUGCUAUUUUCAAUCUAGCAUUGGUGGACCUGCUUGGAAACUCUGCUCUGGUGCCAAAACUUCUGGACAUCUUUCUGUUCAACCAUCCUCACAUCCCCUUCAAUGACUGUAUGGCUUUCCUUUUUUUCUGCUUCACCUUUCUUUCCUUGCAGUCCCUUAAUCUGGUUGCUCUCUCCUAUGACAGACUGGUUGCCAUUAUCUUCCCAUUGCACUAUCAUGUUAAAAUUACCAACAGGUUCAUGCUGUUCUUGAUGGCUUCUUUCUGGGCAUUUGCCGUGAUUGCUGUUUUGAUUGCAGUUGGUCUCCUAACAAGACUUUCAUUUUGUAAGUCUGUGGUAAUUAAGAGCUAUUUCUGUGACCAUGGCCUGAUCAUGAAACUGGCAUGCAAUGACAUGACCCCAAGCGUUUUUAUCGGUGGUCUGUUACCAUUUCUUUUUCUUUGGGUACCUCUGAUAUUCAUCUUGACCACUUACCUAUACAUUGGCUAUACACUGUCUAAAGUAGCCUCAGUUCAGGAGAGAUUGAAGGCCUUUAAAACCUGCACUGCUCAUAUUUCAUUGGUGGCAAUUUAUUUCCUUCCAAUAAUGAUUACAUUUUCCAUGAUGGGAAAAAUGCAUCCCAAUGCAAGGAUCAUAAACCUAUCCCUAACUUCUGUCUUUCCUCCAAUGUUGAAUCCAAUCAUUUAUGUUCUGCAGACACAAGAAAUCAAAGAGUCAAUGAAAAGGUUGUUCAAAAUCAAAGUACACCCAAAACUUAAAAAUAAGAAAGAAAUCAAAGUGUGAACUGCAAUGUUUUAUAUAUUUUUCUAUCAGAAAGCUUAACAACUCACACAAAAUCAGUAAAGAUUGAAAAGGUCCUGUGUAUACAAUUUUAUAUAAUUUAGCACAAAAAAAAAUCAAAAUAUAACAACCAGCAACCCUCGCUUUCCUUUCCAAGAAUGAAAAGUUAUUUUUUUGAGUCUACUGUCAUAUUUGUGUCCACCAGCAUUGGUCAGAUUUACCAUAAGUACUCAUUUAUUAAAUUGUUUUACUGAUUGUUUCUUUAAUGGUCUGUAAUCUGCUCAUUUAUAGGGAUCAAUGAUUUAGGUCUUUUGCAGUUUUUUUCUGCUCAUUUUUUGCAGUUUUUCAAAACCACCUCAGAAUUGAAACUGCUUCCCAUUAAAUGUCCAUAGCCAUUCAGGGCCAUACUGAAGUUUCUUUCCUGGCAGGUUUCAUUUUGAAGCAGACAGUUCAGAUCCCUGAGGUUUGACCUAGCCGUGGUUCCCAAUAGACUGAAUGUUUGUCAGUGCUAGGUUCAACCCAGUUUAACUGAUCAGGACUGGAUUUGGAUUUACACAAAUGUGUUGGUGCUAUUUUUUGAAAGAGGCUGGGCAAACUCAUAAAGGAGGCCAGCUCUGUCCAGGGAUGCCCUUUGGAACUUGUGGGGGACGUGGGGGAGAGGAGGAUCACAGCCAAGCUGUCCUCCACGCUGGACAAAGACUCUCACCCCCUCCAACACACACUCAUUGCACUGAGGAGCUCUAUAAGGGACAGGAUGCUCAGCCCAAAGUGUGUGACAGAGAGGUAUUCCUGCAGCCGUCAGACUCCAAAACAAAAACCUCAGGGUGCAAUAAAACAUAGUUAUAUGUAUAGACUGUGCACAUGUAUAGUCUGCACACAUGUAUGCAUAUUCAGUGUAUAUAGUCAUACUUAUAAAUAUCUCAAUUUUUCAAACUGUAAUAUAUCAUAAACUGUACAUAACACCUGUAAAUAACACUCAUGUAUAUAUCUUUUUUUAACUCCUAAGUUUCUUCAUCCUUUAAUUUCUCUUUUUGUAUUUAUGCUGCUGUAAACUUGAAAUUUCCCCCUGUGGGACUAAUAAAUAAAUAUAUCUUAUUUUAUCUACUUUUUAACCAUUGCUCUCCUAUUCUGCUAGUUUUGUAAAGAAUGCUAUCUUUCCAAUAUUAAAACACAAACUAAACUCAAAAUCAUUAGAAAAAUGAACAGCUGUGUCAAAAUCUGUAUGAUGGGGCACCAGUGGCCUAGCAGUCAUAGUGCCCAACAAAUAGGCUAUAGUCCAUGUCCCUGGUUCAAUCCCUGACCAAGACCCCAAGUAUGAUUGAAGUACAACUUUUUUUUUUAAAUUUACUUAAUAAACCUAACCAAAAACUUGGAUGUAAUUAAGUAAAUGUUACUUAAUAUCUUCACAACUGUCAUGUUUUCUGGAAAGUAAAAUUUACUUUAUACUGGCAAGUGAGUGUGACUUGCUAUUGCAGCAUUAAAUUUUACUUGAAUCAAUUGUGUGCAAAUACUUACAAUUUAUUUUUUAAGUACAUGUUAUGAGUUAUUUUUUUCAGUGUAACAAGGAGUGACGUGUUUGUCUGGUGGUGGGUAGCUCCCAUAAGAAACACACAGGAACAUAAAUGACCUAACUGCAGAGAAGGACUGCCUAUCGCUGCAACCACCCACAACCAAACACUCUAAGUCCAACAGCGCUCUGUCACCACAGAGAAAGGAGAGCUUAUUUCUAUCCUCAGACUGGAAGACAACAGCUUGACUUCUACAGGAAACACAUCUCAAUCUAAAUCUUUGGCUUGGAUGUUUUGACAAUGAACUUAUUCAACUCUGCUCUGGGGAAGAACAUCACUUUUGUGCAUCCUGCAUAUUUCAUAAUAAGUGGGUUUUCUGGCAUUCCUAAUAUCAAGUAUUACUAUGUCUUUCUCUUUUUUGUUUACAUCAUGUCAGUGAUAGGAAACACAGUUGUGAUGGCUGUAAUACAUCUGGAUCACAGUUUGAGAACUCCAAAAUAUGUUGCUAUUUUCAAUCUAGCAUUGGUGGACCUGCUUGGAAACUCUGCUCUGGUGCCAAAACUUCUGGACAUCUUUCUGUUCAACCAUCCUCACAUCCCCUUCAAUGACUGUAUGGCUUUCCUUUUUUUCUGCUUCACCUUUCUUUCCUUGCAGUCCCUUAAUCUGGUUGCUCUCUCCUAUGACAGACUGGUUGCCAUUAUCUUCCCAUUGCACUAUCAUGUUAAAAUUACCUACAGGUUCAUGCUGUUCUUGAUGGCUUCUUUCUGGGCAUUUGCUGUGAUUGCUGUUUUGAUUGCAGUUGGUCUUCUUACAAGACUUUCAUUUUGUAAGUCUGUGGUAAUUAAGAGCUAUUUCUGUGACCAUGGCCUGAUCGUGAAACUGGCCUGCAAUGACAUGACACCAAGCCUUGCAAUUGGUUUUCUGUUACCAGUUCUUCUUCUUUGGUUCCCUCUGAUAUUCAUCUUAAUUACUUACCUAUACAUUGGCUAUACACUGUCUAAAGUAGCCUCAGUUCAGGAGAGAUUGAAGGCCUUUAAAACCUGCACUGCUCAUAUAUCAUUGGUGGCAAUUUAUUUCUUUCCAAUAAUGAUUACAUUUUUAAUGAUGGAAAAAAUGCAUCCCAAUGCGAGGAUCAUAAAUCUGUCUCUAACAUCUGUCUUUCCUCCAAUGUUGAAUCCAAUCAUUUAUGUUCUGCAGACACAAGAAAUCAAAGAGUCAAUGAAAAGGUUGUUCAAAAUCAAAGUACACCCAAAACUUAAAAAUAAGAAAGAAAUCAAAGUGUGAACUGCAAUAUUUCAUAAAUUUUUAUAUCAAAAAGCUUAACUACUCACACAAAAUCAGCAAAGAUUAAAGAGGUCCAGAUUUGUGUAUGAGGGGCACACAUCUUCAAAGUGAGACUGUGUACACGAUUUUAUAUAAUUUAGUGAUAAUUCAAAAUAUAACUAGCAUCAACCCUUGCGUUCCCUUUCAAGUACAAUUAAUUGUUUCUUUGGGUCUACUGUGAUAUUUGAGUGCAUCAGCAUUGGUCAGAUCUACCAUAAGUACUCAUUUAUAAAAAUGUUUUAUUGAUUGAUUGAUUGUUUCUUCUGUAAUCUGCUUAUUCAUAGAGAUAAAUGAUUUAGGUCUCCUGCAGUUUUUUCUGCUCCUUUUUUGCAAUUUUUAAAACCACCUCAGAAUUGAAAGUGCUUCACAUACAAUGACCAUAGACAUUCAGGGCCAUGCUGAUGUUUCUUCCCUGCAGGUUUCAUUCUGAAGCAGGAUUCACACAAUGUGUUGGUGCCAUUUUUUCUUACCAUUGCUCUCCUGUUCUGCUAGUAUUGUAAAGAAUGCUAUCUUUCCUAUAUCAAAACACUAGUUCAGAUUAAAAUCACUGAAAAAAUGAACAGUUGUAUAAAAAUCUGUAUGAUGGGGCACCAGUGGCCUAUAGCGGUCUUAGUGCCCCACAAAUAUAGGCUAUAGUCCUUGUCCCUGGUUCAAACCCCAGCCAAGACCCUUUGCUAGAAGUCUGUCCUUACUGUCCACCCUUAACUCUGCCUUUCUUAAGCUCAAAAAUGUGCAUGAUAAGAACCAACUAUGACAGUUACCAUGUUUGUGAAAAAUUUAUUUGACGUGUCUUUUUAUUUUCUAGUUAAUUCAGGUAAUAGAAAUGGAGGAGAGGGUCUUUGAGUCCCACACUACAGCUAUAACCGUGGGGAGCUUGUAAUGUUAUUGCUUCAUUCAGGAUAGCUUCUGCUCUGUCCUUUUUUUUUUUUUUUUUUUUUUUUUUUUACACCGUCUAUGCUUUAAACAACAACAAAAGAAAACUGCCUGUUGCACCAGGGUGCAAACAUGCUUUAUUUCAUUGUAAAAAUAAGUGCUUCAAUAAAGAUGGUCAUUGGGAUUUGUAAUAGUGAGCAUCAAGAGCAUGUUUGAUGAACUGCAGCUUAAGAAUAAACUUUUUUUAAUCUUAUUUUAUACAGCAUGUGAGGUUGGUUACACUUCCUAACAGUAACAUGAAUGUUUCAGGAUAAAACCUUAGUAAGAAUUUUGCAGUCCUUAAUCUGUCAGGCCCUGGUGUGCCAUCAUAUCAUUACAUCACUUAUGUGGUAUGUAAAAGAAAUUGUGAAAAAAGGAUCAACUGCAUGUAGUCAAAAGUUUGACAUCUUUCACUAAAAAAAGGACACAGUAAGUGAGAAAGCUCGUCCGGUAUGACAAGGCAGUCAUGUUAGCAGGGUGUGGAUUUGAGUGUGUGAUGACAUGACUGUUGGUAAAGGAUAAAUACCUCUUUGCCACUUUUGCACCAUCACUGUAAAAGGAUGUAAAAUCUGAUAUAUAUAUUGAUGCCAUUUCAUAAUCUAAAGGUUUUAGAUGUUUGAGAAAUUUGGUUUUAUUUUUGUUCAUGACUUGUCACUCUUUUACUUUACUAAUCUACUUGAAUUGGAAUAAAGAGUAAACAAGAAUUCAUAAGGAGAAAUGUAAUCUAAACCAGAAUUAUUAAAACCAAACAGCUGUCUAAGGUUUUUAAUCCAAGGCUUUUUAUAUAUCAGUGCUGCAGUCACAGUCGGCAAAUAACCUCCACUUCAGUGAAAGUGAGUAUACAAGAUGGCAGCAUACAUAAAUUGCUCAUCAGAUUUGUCUUAUAUAUGUUAUUUAUUAAGGCUUUUCGGUGUAGUACUGUGUUUUAGACCAUAUUUAAAGUAAACCAAAAACUACUCACUGAAAUUCUCUAGAGAGCGAAGUGUGUAGCUGUGUGGAGUGACGUGUUUGUCUGGCGAUGGAUAGCUCCCAAAAGAAACACUUGGGAACAUAAAUGCCCAAACUGCAGGUGAGGACUGCCUAUUUCUACAACCACCCACAACCAAACAGUUUAAGUUCUACAGCGCUCUGUCACCACAAAGAAGGGAGAGCUUAUUUCUGUUCGCCUCAGACUGGAAGACAAAAGUUUGACUUCUACAGGAAACACAUUUCAAUCUAAAUCUUUGACUUGGAUGUUUUGACAAUGAACUUAUUCAACUCUGCUCUGGGGAAGAACAUCACUUUUGUGCAUCCUGCAUAUUUUAUAAUCGGUGGUUUAUCUGGUGUCCCUCACAUCAAAUAUUACUACGUCUUUCUCUUUUUUGUCUACAUUGUGUCAGUGAUAGGUAACACAGUCGUGAUGGCUGUAAUAUAUCUGGAUCACAAUCUAAGAGCACCAAAAUUUGUCGCUGUUUUCAAUCUAGCAUUAGUGGAUCUAUUUGGCAACUCUGCUCUGGUGCCAAAACUUCUGGACAUUUUUCUGUUUAAUCAUCCUCGCAUCCCCUUCAAUGACUGUUUGGCUUUCCUUUUUUUCUGCUACACCUGCCUCUGUAUGCAGUCUUUUAAUCUGGUUGCUCUCUCCUAUGACAGACUGGUGGCUAUCAUCUUCCCUCUGCACUAUCCAGUGAAGAUUACCCACAGGUUUAUGUUGUCUUUGAUGGCUUCUUUCUGGGCAUUUGCUGUGAUUGCUGUUAUCAUUGCAGUUGGUCUAAUUACAAGGCUUUCAUUUUGUAAGUCUGUGGUAAUUAACAGCUAUUUCUGUGAUCAUGGCCAGAUAUAUCGGCUUUCAUGUAAUGACCAUUACCCAAAUUAUGUCCUCAGUUGUUUGUACCCUGUUCUAAUUUUUUGGCUCCCGCUUGCUUUCAUCUUGCUCAGUUACCUUUAUAUUGGAUGUACUCUGGCAAAGGUAGCCUCAGUUCAAGAAGGACUAAAGGCCUUUAAAACAUGCAUAGGUCACCUGUCUUUGGUGGCAAUCUAUUUCAUCCCCCUGUUAAUCACUUUUACCCUGAUGGAAAAUAUACAUCCCAAUGCGAGGAUCAUAAACCUGUCCCUCACGUCUGUCUUUCCUCCGAUGUUGAAUCCAAUCAUUUAUGUUCUGCAGACACAAGAAAUCAAGGAAUCAGUGAAACGGUUAAUGAAAAUCAGGAAGAAAUCCAAAAUGGCCAAGAAGAAAAUAGCCACAAUCUGAAAGCUUCAUGGACAACUGUCCCGUGCAAUCUUUACCUAUCUCAAAUUGCAUAUAAUGUGCAUGAGGAAACAUAAAAAAAUAUGAAUCAGUUAAAGAAUCACAUUUUAACAUUAAACAAUGAACCAAGUGGCUAGAGUAGAAGGUAUAAGUUAUGAUAAUUGUGUAAAUGACUAAAGACAGAAGGCUUAUUGAUAAUCUUUCAAUUUUAUUGUGAUUCAUUUGAAAAUGUGCAUUUCUUCUUAAGACUUUCUGUUCAUGUGCUUCUUUUUUUGUUGUUUCAUGUUGAUGACUCAUCAAAUAUGUCAUGAUUAGACAGUGUGUGUCUCUAUAGAAAAAGCUUAUUGUUAUAUGUGUACAGUCCAAGAUUAGACAGGACUAUUGUAAUUUUAUGUAAACAUGAUGAUACAUCUGAAGUUUUCCCAUUUAGUAAACAUAUUGUUGACCCGUUUCAAAUGUCAUUCUUUAAUAUCACUGUGAUUUUAUUAUGCUGAAGAUAUAGUUAAGUUCAAGGCCUUUAAACUAAGAAGAGGACGUUUGAGCUUGUGGCAAAUCAUUUUGUACAUGACUAUACAUACAUACAUCCUUCCUACUGGGGUGGUAUGAAGUAUGUGAGCCCACAGACCAAUAAAUAGCUUUCAUUGUUGGAUCACUGCUUUGUCUUAUGUUCUGUUUUGGUAGGUCUUGCCCCCAAGAGCUUCAACAACUCUUUUGAAGUAUCUUGAUACAAUUUUUUAAAUCCAAUUUCCUUUUGAGCAGUCCAUUGAAAAAAGUCUCAAAUAUUAUGUCUAAUCUGGCAAAUACCUGCCACAUAAAACCUUCUCUCAGUGACAGUAAUGAAACAUUUUCUCACAUAACAUAUUGUUUCAAAGUCUGAUCAUACACAACAGCCAGCAUGUUGAACCUGUCAAGCCUCUCUCCAAGAGGACAGUAAAUAUGUUGUGCAGGAAACCCAAAUUGUGUUUUUUCAAAUAAAGUAAGCAAGUUUUCAAACUUUGCUGAUACUUCUGUUUUUAAAGUUUCAAACGGGCUUGACUCCAGCUUUGUCAACUUUGUUACAGAGGGGAAUUAAAAGAGUUGUUAUGAUGAUCAUAACACAAGAGAGGGUUGUUUCUUUUAUUAGCCUCUCAUUACUAGACAUUUAAAGUUUAUCACAGCUCUGCCGUCAGAGAGAGAAAGAGAGAGGAGCAGACAGGAGCUUGACUCUGCCUGUACAUAAGACAGAGCACAGAUUAUUACCAGAGCUGGUGUUGUAGUGGGAGAUACACAAAGAGCGACUUGAUGGAGUUUUUCAACUCUGCUCUGGGGAAGAACAUCACCUUUGUGCGUCCUGAAUAUUUCAUGAUACGUGGGUUUGUCGGCAUACCUGAUAUCAAGUAUUACUAUGUCUUUCUCUUUUUUAUUUACAUCACUUCAGUGCUGGGAAACACAGCUGUAAUGACUGUCAUCAUUUAUGAUCACAAUCUGAGAACUCCAAAGUAUGUAGCAGUUUUCAAUCUAGCCUUUGUGGACCUCUUUGGGAGCACUGCGCUGGUACCGAAACUUCUGGACAUCGCUUUGUUUAACAAUUCUUACAUCCCCUACAACGACUGUUUGGCCUUCCUUUUUUUCUGCUUCGUCACCCUGACGAUGCAGUGUCUUAAUCUGGUUGCUCUCUGCCUCGACAGACUUGUGGCUAUCCCCUACCUCUUCGCUAUCACGUUUUAGUGACCCAUAAGUCCAUGCUGUGUUUGGUGGCUUUUUUCUGGCUUUUGGCUAUCACUGUGGUACUUAUAGCGGUCGGCCUUCUAACAAGACUUUCAUUUUGUAAAUCUGUUGUGAUUAGAAGCUUUUUCUGUGACCACGGCCCACUUUACAGACUCGGCUGCAAUGAUGUUACCCCAAAUCAAAUACUUGCUGGUAUAUUAUCAAAUUCAUUUCUUUGGGUUCCACUAGUAUUUAUCCUUGCAUCUUACUGUGCUAUUGCUUAUGCUCUACUAAAGAUUACCACAACCAAAGAAAGAGUGAAGGCCUUUAAAACCUGCACAAGUCAUAUUUCAUUGGUGGCCAUGCAUUACCUCCCAAUCAUAUUUGUGUACCGCUUUGGAAGAACAAUUCAUCCCAAUAACAGAAUCAUAGUCAUGUCUCUGGUAACGAUCUGUACCCCGAUGUUGAACCCAUUUGUUUAUGUUCUGCAGACACAUGAAAUCAAAAAUUCUAUGAAAAAGUUGUUGCAAAUCAGAGGUCAGUCCAAAAUUUCAGCACAUUAACAGUGUAUAAUGGUUUAUUUUUUAAUACAUAUAUAUAUUUUUUUUAUUGAGGUAAGGUCACAUCUUUGAUGCUGUAAUUAUGGACAAUUAUAGCGGUUCUGUAUACACAAUCUGAUAUUACUGCAGAAUUAUGAUCAGUGCUUAUUUGUUGUUGAUUUUCUUGUUUAUAAUCUGAUUUAAACAACCUGUGCAUCUACAUCUGCAAAGACAAACUGCUUUAACUGGAACCUGCCUGUCACAUUAUAAAAGAAAGCAAAUUAAAACGGGUUAACAAACUGUAUGUAUACCUUUAAAGACAACACAGAUAUUUGCAUUUUGAAAUUGUGCGUAAAAUUGAAAAGUUUGUUCUGUUAACCAAUUAUUUGGUGUGUGUGCACAUAAAUUGAUUAGAAAAAGGGUCAUUCCUCUCAAAUGGGCCAAAUAAUGGCUGUUUAACUCAAAUUAUUUUCAAUUGAUUAGGAUCACAACUGUUGAAAAACAAAAUACUGUAAAGAAGAAAAACAUGCACUCUCAAAAACAGUCAAACUAUUGGCACAUAACAGUGAAUAAACUGUAAAUUGUACUUACUCUUGUACUCUUACAUGGUAUUUACUUGACAUCUCAGUAUUCAUGUUAUAUUUAUUCUCACAUCUUUACUUAACAGUAAGAUAAAUUCUGUAUAUUUUUCAUAUGCUUUAACUGGGUUUCUUUUCAUUCUGAUGAAAUUGCUGUGCUAUUUUGUAAAAGAUUUUUAGCUCUCAUAAAGCUAGAUUUUUUUCAUAUUACAUUUUGCGAGCUACUCUAGAUCUCUUAUCAAAACCGUCUACAUUUGACUGUUUAUUUUAGAAGAUUUUGGUGAAUACCAAAAUAUGACAUGAGGGAAAUCCAUGACUGUGUAUUCUUUUUAUUUUUGUGUGAGACUUGUGCUUUUGCAAAAGCAAAAAUCUGAACAAUUAUAUAUACAAACAAAUUAACAAUAUGCCCUAAUUGUAUGAGAGUUACAAUUUUAAUUUUUCAAUUUCAACACCAAUCUGGACAUAGUUGAAUGAACCAAUCUUGGUUAACAUAAAUUGGUCCAGAUUCUGACCCCUCUUUUUCUCUACUGUACUUGUUACCUUUUAGCUCUACCUGUUAGUUUUGUAGCCCUGCUGUUUUAUGACCAAACUGUAUCAGUGUUUUGCUUGGUAUGUGAAAGGUAGAUUUUGCGGUCACAAAACAAAUACUUUCUGCAUAAAACUGAAUGACUCCUCCUUCAGGCACUUAAAUUUUUUGCUUUCAGGUUUGCUCGAAUGUUAUACUUAAAACCAUGAGGAUUCAGAACAUCUCUCAUGGUCAGCUGCUUCCUAUUUUUAAUCUGAAGGAAAAAUUACAACGUCAUGUCAGUGCUCAUUGAAUGAUGUUUAUUCUUUCUCAUAGCUUAUCUAAAAUUAAAAAGUCACUGACUCUCAUCCCUCUCACCCACUGCACCAGACUGUGGGGGCUUUAAGCAGCUCCUUUAGCAGCAGACUUAGACUCCCACCUUGCAAGACGGAGCGCUACCGCAGGUCAUUCCUCCCUUCUGCAAUAAGACUUUACAACGAACUGUAAUAAAACUGGACUCACACCACCACUUUUUUUCUGGCAUUUUUAAUUGUUUAUAUUGUAUAUAGUUUUAUUUUUCUUCUCCCUUUUUCCUUUUUCUAAAUUUUUUCUUAAUUAUUACAUUUAUUUAAGUUCUUAAUAUUAGGAUCUUAAUUUUUAUAACUGCAUUUUUGCACUCUUUGUGAUGCUGCUGUGACAAAAAAAAAUUCCCCCAUGGGGGGUCAAUAAAGGAAUAUUCUAUUCUAUUUUAUUCGUCCAGCUGAAUGAGGAAGCUUUCUGUGCAUGAAGCCUGAUGCGAUCAAUGUUGCGGUCACAUGAUAUUUACUGAUUUAAUACAGGAUUAUGGUAGAAUUGGGAUCUAAAGGCUUCUAAGAGUGUGUGUCAGUUUGAUUUAUACUGAGAAGAGCUAGUGUUUCUAUGUAAAGCAGGAAUAUCCUCAGUAACAAGUGUUAAAGAAGUCUCAUUGAGAAAGAGAAAGCUGUUCACCAAGCAGUCUGGUUUUGAUUAAAGUUUCUUAUCGUUAAGAUGAAGCCCAUUCCUCACCACUGUUGCCAAGAUUCUGCCCUUGGUGGACUAAUGUUUUAUUGUUUUAAAUAAUAAAAAGAACCAAAUGGUCUAGAGAAGACCAAAUCUUUGUGUGAGAUAACCAGUGUUGUAAUUCGGUGGUAUGAAUUAAAACUGAUUCACUGGCUGAGUAGUCCUGUGUGAGAGUAGUUUCUGUUGGGAGUGGGUUUUGUUAUGUUACUUCUGCUGCUUAUUUGAAUAUAUUCAGAUCAUGAGAUAUAUUUCUACGUAGAAAAUAAAGGAAAAUGUUUUAUUUAAACCUCAUAAUCAGUAUUAAUGUGUAUUUUGAUGAAUCUUUUUAUUUUAAUUCCUCACCCUCUCCCAAAAAAGAUCCAUUCAUUGAGUCCAUGCUUGAGGAAAACAAUGACAUAAGCACUGACACAGACAAACAUGAGACAGGUAUGAGAUGUUGAGUGGCAGACAAACCUCCACAUCUGUUGUCUCUCAGGGAAAAAGGAAACCUAUAAUUGUCAGGUCUCUCCCAGUUUGAGCUGCCAGAGCAAACAGCACAUUUGACUCAGAGGUGAGUUUGACUUAUUCAGUUAUUUCACAUUUUCAAAACUUUAAUUAUUGUAUUUUCUUGUUUCUCAUCCAGAAAAAAACAGGUGUCUAUGAUGGGUCCAGAAGAAAAAGCUGCCGUCGUGCUUAAUGACACAUUUGUUCGCCCUGCGAGGUUCUACCUCAGUGGGUUCACCAACUUUCCUCAUGCCAAGUAUUACUAUUUGUUCCUGUGUUUUGUCUACAUCAUGACUGUUCUGGGAAACUGCUUCCUCCUCACAGUCAUUUAUCUGGUGGAGGCCCUGCAUACUCCUAAAUACAUGAUUGUGUUUAACCUGGCAUUCACAGAUCUGUGUGGCAGCACCGCUCUCAUACCAAAACUUUUGGACUCCUUUUUGUUUGACAGGAGGUACAUCCUAUAUGAGGCUUGUUUGAGUUAUAUGUUCUUUGUUUUAUAUUUUGCAAGUGUGCAGUCAUGGACACUUGUCACAAUGUCAUAUGACAGAUUUAUAGCUAUUUGCUCCCCUCUAAGGUACCACAAUAUUGUCACUAAAGAAGCUAUUGGUUUAAUGCUGCUGUUUUCUUGGGUUUCCAUCCUGUGUGUUGUAGCAUACGCUAUAAAGCUCUUCGAUCGUUUGUCAUUCUGUAGAUCUGUGGUGGUGAAGUCCUUUUUCUGUGACCACGGCCCUGUGUAUCUACUGGCUUGUAAUGACUCCUCUUUAAAUAACAUAAUGGCCUAUAUUGCUUUCGUUGCAGUCCUUCUUAUACCUUUUUUAUUGAUAGCUCUGACAUAUGUUUGUAUUGGAGUUGCACUGAAAAGAAUCGCAUCAGGAGAGGAGCGACUUAAAGCGUUCAAAACUUGUGUUUCUCAUUUGCUCCUUGUGGCUAUUUUCUUCGUGCCAAUUCUCGGCACCAACAUCGUAUCUGUGGUCUCCUACAUUCAUCCUAACAUCAGGAUCAUUAACUCUUCUCUGACACACACCAUACCAGCUCUGCUUAACCCCAUAAUUUACUCCUUAAAGACAGAGGAAGUUCUCGCCUCUAUCAAGAAGCUUUUAAAAAGAAGUCAGAAUAAUCAGGUGACCAAAAAGUGGUAA